ACACACAAACACACACACACUCAUACAAGAGAGAGAUACAGUGAUCAGAGUGUAGGAGCUGAAGAGACUGUACACCAAGACAGCAGACCGGAAGGCCAGCUAUGUGUUAGCCGGUACCUCAUUGGGGAAUGUAGGGAAAAGCCAGAGAUGCUGAAGAGGACAGAACACACCUUAAAUGGAUCAUAAAGAUGGAUGUUAUUUUAUCCAGCAAGCAAUCUGAAAACAACCCACGCAGCGGAUAAACCAAUUAUGGACGCGGUGGAUUAAAGACCUACGAACGGACUAAGAAAGAGGGAGAGGGAGAAGUAGAGGGGAGAUAUAUGAACUUAGAUGUUUAAUUUCUUCGUCUAUGCGCAUUAACUGUCAGAGUGUGUGUACCUGCGUUUGGGCGUAUAAGACAGGAGACUGCAUUGCUGCUAUCCAGCAAGACAGUACAGACAAACAGUAAAGGCAGCCGAACAGAUAACCCGAUGUAUUUUUCUUAUUUAUCCGUCUCUUCUUCUCACCGUGCCUGUCUUUGUUAACAGGCACAAUGUAUGCGGUGAAGGCUGAGAAUAAAAAUAGGAUGGCGAAGGCUGAAGUAAGCUGCAGAUUCACAAUUAGACUUUAAGGGGUCCUAACUGUCUCAGCAUCUGGAGCAGGCUUCAACCAAUCAGUUAAUCAAUGAAAUAGAUAACUAAAUAAAGGAAAUGAGAGGAGAGUUUUUUUAGUUUUAGUUUUUUUUUUAUUUCCUCGGACACAAGAUGUCAUCUGUCCAGGUUGGCAUAGGUCUUGAUUGGGGGAACAGACAGUGACUUAUGUGUCAAGGCUCAGAGGUUUGACAGGCUGCAACAGAGGGAAUUCUCAGCUGAGCUCUCCAGAAUGGUGGAGGCAUCAUCAGGUAGGAGGCCACUGAGCGCAGACAUCAUCAGGUAGGAGGCCACUGGGCGCAGAUGCUUGAGUGGAAAACAGGAAAGUAGUAGGUGGAAGAGUUGUGCAUGUGUGUCAUAGACUGUGUAGGCAGGCCACUGGCAGGCUGAUGUAGCUGAGGGUCAAGACUCCUGCUGAGAAAGGAUAAUGGGAACUCAGUGCCCAGGCUCCUCCUUUCUGUCUUGCAUCAGCCACACCAAAGCUAGAAAAGCUUGCUGAUGCCUCCAGAAUGCUGACCAAAUGAAUGAUGUGAACUGUAUCAACAUUUUCCUCAAGACCAGGAGACCCCAACAUCCCUGCAGGGUCCAAAUUUUUUCUUCGUCAUUUUUCUCCUUAUUCUCCAGACCACCCGAAAACAAGUGGGGGUGGUACUUUAUUUGAGUUGGAGUUCUCUCCCUCUCCUCCUGCCUCCUUAGUACUCCUGACCCAACCAACCUCACAAACCAUAUUCAUGGAUUGGUUCUAGUGUCAACCUGUCUCUUUCUGUCCUCCCUUGGUUUAUUUUUCUUAUUUUUUUCUUUUUGUCGAGGCUUCAGGAGAAUUGCCAAGACCUAUUUCAUGCAUGUCCACUGGCGGCAGGUUCAACUUUGACGAUGGGGGGUCAUACUGUGGAGGGUGGGAGGAGGGCAAGGCACACGGCCACGGGAUCUGCACAGGACCCAAGGGCCAGGGCGAGUACUGUGGAUCCUGGGCACACGGCUUCGAGCUGUUGGGUGUCUACACAUGGCCCAGUGGAAACACCUACCAGGGUACCUGGGCUCAUGGCAAGAGACAUGGUGUGGGUGUCGAGAAUAAAGGCCGCUGGGUGUACAAGGGCGAGUGGACACAUGGCUUUAAAGGACGCUACGGUGUACGUGAGAGUAUGGGGACAAGUGGGAAGUACGAAGGGACUUGGAACAACGGUUUGCAGGACGGAUAUGGAACAGAGACCUACUCAGAUGGAGGUAAGAGGGGGAGUCAAGACACAAACAAAUACAUGCUGUUGAGACUGGAGACUGGUUUUUGUGUAGCUUAAAAUGUGUGUACCAGAAAUGGAGGGGCUGUGAGUGAUGUCUUGCCAUGACUACUACCAAACAAUAUUUGACAUCAUAUGAUACUUUAAAGGGAACAGAUAGUUGGAGUUGUACAGAGGUCCUCCUGGGCCACCCUUUAAUACAUCAAUUAUGUUGUUCUUUUACACACGUACAGAGGCAAGGGAUGAUCAAGGACAGACUUUGAACAAUUAUUUUGACUCUACCUCUGAAUGUAAUUUUCCAGUUUUUUCCUGCUUUUCUUCAUACCUAACAUCCAUUGCCCCUCAUUCUGGCUACAUAAGGAGAACUUUUUUUGGAGUUUUAAUGCAAAGGAAUCAGAUAAGAAAAAGGUUAGUAGGGCAAAGGUAUUGAAGUCACAACACAAAGAGUGCUUGAGAAAAUAGAUGACAACAUAUUAUUGAAUGAAAACAGAAUGUUUUAACAAACACUAAAUCUGUACUGUAUCAUACCAUUUCCUUUGUUUCAACAGAACUGUUUACUUUUUUAAGUGUCAUUUGUUCUUAUAAUUAUUCUGAAUUAACCACAGAACAAAAGAUUCACACUGAAAAUUAAUAUUGGAGCAACAAUUUGUAGAUAUUUGUCAUAAGACAACAGUGUCAGUUGUGGUUUAAGUUACUCCUUGUCUAUAAGACAAGGUCUAUGUUCAGUGCCGUUGUAAGGCAAACAUGCCAGUCAUGAAAAUGCACGUAAAAUUUUUUUAUUCCUUGGAAAAAAAACACCACAUCCUUCACACUGGGUCAUUGUGUAAGUAUGCCAAUACUGUAAUCAUUUUAUGCAAAUACAUCCAGUAGCUUUGAUGGACAUUUUGUCAAGAGAGGUUAAAUUACCGACCCACACACAGCCACAGUGUAUUUAUCACAAUUAUACAAUAAAAACUGGUCAAUGCCAUGUUUCUGUAUGUAAAAACAUGUGCAUGACUCUCUUUGUCCCCUUUUGUUUGACAUCAAUUAAAUCUUAAGAAUUUAUUAGCUUUAAUAAUUAAAGACAUCUGUAUUAUUUAAGCUAAAAUGUUAGGCUCCUGCACCUAAACAUGGACUUUCUUUUUGUUUUGCAAACCCUUUUGUGUGGAGUGUCAGUCAAAACCAUCUAUCACACCGCCAGACCCGAGACCCUGAGUCUCUAAGGACACUUGGAGACACAAGAAGACACAUGGAUUCCUGUAAAAAAAAAAAACAGAUGCAAAAAAACCCACUGCCUAGUGUUUCCAACAGAGAUGACAGUAGCUCUCACAUAGUUAAAGCUUUGUUGCAUAACUCCAUGACUAGAAGGCUGCUUCUAAACCACACACAUAGAUGCGUGCACACACGUAACAUCCCGAGCUGCCCGUUAAUUCCCUGAGAUGAGACUGGUUUAAGGGGUUAAUUCAGGGCAAGGCAGAAGAGUUGGCUUGGAAAUUAACCAGGCAGAUUUAGACAGAAUAAAACGAGAGAUAGUCCUGUUCAAGGUAUCGGAUUGAUUAAAUGCACAAAUAAGUAAAUAAAUACACAGAUUAUUGACAGAUAGCUGAACUGAAUCAUGAAUGAUGAUAGUAAUUACAGUGUGGUAGAUACUUUAGCUAGUUAAGACUUUCUGUUCGAACUAUCAUCACAGAAAACAGAGAAAAAGAAAAAGGGAGUAACUGUAAAUCCAUUUUUGCUGUGCAAAGUGUUUAAACCCAUAUACUGUAAAAGCAGCAGGGAUUGACCCAGUUGUAUUUAUCUUGCUUCAACUGUACAGUGCCCCUGAAAGCAUGCGUUGUGUCUUUCUAUGAAUCUUUAGUGUAAAUUAAUUGUCUGUUGAACUAAAAUAUUCUUUAAAGAGUGAAAUCAGUCUUUAUUUCUAAGCAGCAGAAACAAAAGUGUGAGUGUGACUCCCUCUUAUUUCUCACUAAGAGACACAAAAGAACUGUGAAGCUGAAAAUGUGUGAUUGAUGCGUGCCCGAUCAAAAAAUACAUAAGUCCAGGGUCUUUAUUUCAAUAGUACUGUUUGAUCAGUACAAACAGAAAAGAUAUUGUUUUUUUUUACUGAGAAGAUAAACAUGUGGCCUAGAGCUCAGUCAAAGACCAGUGCGCUACAAUAUCCUCACAGCUUCCAGUAAAAUGAUCCUGCACACACUGGCAGCAUGCUGCACUCUUCAGCCAAUCAGCAGCCAGGAUUGACUACACCUUCAUUUGGUACUAGCAUGAUCACAUCAGCACAAAGGAUUACACAACAGAACUAUUUUCAUGAAUAAGUGGCUCUAACAUAGCCUGCCCCGAACGGACUAGGCUGACAGUGUAGUAAUAAUCAACUUAAAGCAAAUGUCUUUCUCCUAAUACAUGACCCCUUUUUAAGAGUUUCUUAGGAUACAUAAUACUUUUAUUGACUCAAGUAAACACUAUUCUCUUGCUCAGUAUCUUUCAAUCUUAACACGGCCUCUAAGGCAUGUCUUGGUUAUGGGUCAUUCAAGGGUGUUCGCCUUAGUCUGGACUCAAACACUGCAGACCGCUCCCUUUAAGUGUGUUUUUUAAAGUUUUUCCCCAUUACCCAGGAAUUUUGUGGUGUGGUGGAGUCUGCAAUGAGGACACUAUCUCCAAGGCUAAAGUUCUGUCCUGUUGUGUUCUAUUUUUGCCUGUGGAAGAGGCAGGUACUCUUGAGUCCAGCUCCGUCAGGACAGAUCCGCCCUAUACUGGAUUUACCUCCAACAGUGUCGCACAUAUAGGCCCUCCUUUGAGAAAACACCUUGUAGAAUUUUUGGCUGUAUCUUCAUCUCGAGUAGAUGGUGCAGGGUCAAGGCUUCUAUGUUGUUUGGGUCAUUUGAGGUUGUUGUGAUGGGUCUGCCAUUCACACUGCUUUCUGCUUCACAUAGUAGGGUCUGCAGUCUUUCGUCAUCUUGUACUUGUUGUUUAAAGGGAUAUUCCGGCGUAAAUUUAAGUUAGGGUCAAACAAACCAGACCACCGUGUUAGACACCCCCUCGAGGGAUGAAUGUUGGCGACUGCUUGCUUCUUUAGUAAUACCAACUUUCGUAAUGACCGCACAAUAGCAAUACACAGCAGUCUAUGUCUCCACAUGCAAAUCUCAAACAAAACGCCACUCUAUAGCCACAAAUAAUGCUCAGAACAGCAGCUAACUUCAUCAACAGUACAUACAGGGUCCCAGCCAUAGUACUAGCCCCCAAACAUCUUUUUAACUUUGCCUGGUUUCUUUAGCAACUCACCCACUCUCCGCUUGUUUGUGGGGGAGCCCUGACGAGUCGAUCACCGAGUGCAGCAGAGUUUCACAACUCAAGGAAGAACAUUUAUGAUUAUUACUUCAUGGAAAUGCAAUCAGUCCGAGACGCUAAGGCGGAGAACUACUGGGUCUGCAGUGCAAAAUUAUUCUUCUGAUGAUUAUUGCUUCAUGGAAAUUAUCCACUGCACUCGGUAAUCGACUCGUCAGGGCUUCUCCACAAGCGGUGAUGGUCACUGCAUUGUUUAUGCUGAUCCUUCCCGAUCAGCAGACGUUGAUCUUUGCUAGAAAGCAGCUAGAGGAUGAAUGCACGCCCUCAGCCUCUUUUUAAUAACGUUAGAUUGAUCGAAAUUUUGCGUGAUCAAUGUAAUUCUUAAUGAUCAAUUAAUUGAUUAUUGAUUAAUCGUGCUAGUUCCUAGUUCUGAGAGAAUGUAAUUCUGAUCUGUUUAUCCUCUUUCUUCAUGGAUACAAUGGAGUAUGAGUUUGGUAUUCCGGUGGCCCUCACGUAAAAUAGCACAAGGACCACUGGGGUCUUCUUUAGUAUUUAUUGUUUCAAGCUCUGUUUAUACUUUACCGUCUUUUGCCGUAGUUAAGUUUUGGCUUUACAUUUGUUGCUUUUAUAUGAACAGAUUACUUCCUGAUACUGCUUUCUCUAAUGUAUGAAAUGUAGAAGAUUUUCUUUUAGGUGCUUGAGCCAAGCUGUAGCUAUCUUGAGCUUCUACCAGUUUGAGUAGUGGUUUACAAAUUGAGUUGUUGUAUCCUGUUUCUUGUUUGCUUGUAUACGAGAUCCUUUCACUGAACUUUUGACCUAUGAGUCAUCCUCUGUUCAACAGACGGGCUGGUCAGGUUGUUGGUGACAUUUUCUUUCUUUUCUUUAGAGAAACUCUGGUCCUUGUAUCCAGCUUUUGCUCAACAGCUUUUUCUGCUUUCAUUCCUCUUGUAGUUUGGUCUGCAGGGUUGACCACAGUUUUCACAUCCUUCUACUGAGAAGAUUUUGUGGCUACUUGAACGAAUGAGACUCCGUUAGCUACAAAUGUUUUACAUCAAGCAAAAAUUUUUUGAUAUGUUUAAGCACUGUGAUGCUCUGUCCAAAACACUGCUUCAUCCAGCUUCAUCUGCAGCUCACAUUGAACCAUUUUGUCCAUCUUCACAGCUAUUACGGCUGCUGUCAGUUCCAUCGUGGGAAGUGUGAUCUGCUUGAGCAGAACUGCUCUUGACUUUCCCAUUAGGAAAGCAGUGGAUCUGCUCCUUUUUCUUUGGCCAUCAGUAGAUGGGAUGCUGAGCCAUAAUAACCAUCAUUGCUGGCGUCAGAGAGGUGGUCUAGUUGUGCCAACUUAGUGAUGCCAAAUAUUUAGUUAUAUAGUAUAAUUGUAUUUAUCAUAUAAACAAUAUUUUGUUGCUGUUUGUUACAGUGUAGGUUUAUAGACCUAUAGUUUCUAGCAGUAUAGACUUUUAUCGCUAUGCAGAUUACACUCAGCUCUACGUCUGAAUAGCUUGGAACUACUGGUAUGUGUUGCAUUAUGGUUUAAUGUUGUGUCUGACUGAAAUCAGGGAUUGCAAGUUAUGGUUUUUAUCCCCUACUCCCCCAGCUUUGGCUACAUAAAUCAUCUGUCCUCCAGCCUGGAUGCCCCGUCUAAUAAUAUAUAUAAAGAGGCCUGUAACCUAGUAAUCUUUUGACUCUAAAAUCUCCUCUGACAUCCAGUUCACCAAAGAUAUGCAGUCCUGUUUUGCUUAGCUGAGACAGUUAACUAAACUUAUAAUAAUAAUAACAUAAUAACCAUCAUUGCUGGCGUCAGAGAGGUGGUCUAGUCGUGCCAACUUAGUGAUGCCAAAGCUUGGGGGCUUGAUGCACCUGUUGACACUGAAAGCUGACACUUUUUGAGGUCAGUUAAUCACUUUCCAUCUUUAUGUCUGCUCUUGAGACACUUCUUCAUUCCAUUCUCUUUCUUCUUUGCAAAGGUCUCUUAGCAGGGGCUUAGCAGGUAAGCUGAAAGGGGCCAAGAACCCUAGUGGGUCAUAGGCUGAACUCUGCUCAGCCUCUUGUCUGCCUAUUGUGCCUAAUGUGGAGUUGCUGCUAUAUGGGCUGCACUCUGCAACAUAGCUCUGUGUUUGGCAUCUGCAGGUUGCACUGAAUAAUGCGCAGCUGCAGGUGAAGACUGCUUCACUUGACUUGCUUCAUCUUCUUCUUUGAUUUGAGCCGUGUCCUUGCAGCCAGUUGUAUCCUCAUCUUCUGACAUACGGAUAUAUUCAUUUUUACCAUCUUGAUUGCCUUUAUCUAUAUUACCAUCUACAUAGACUUAUAUUUUGGCCUUUGUAGCAGAAAUAUUGGCCUCUAGUUCUAACUGUGUGUUCCCUUCAUCUAAGUGUCUUAAUUUGUCUUUCUUAACCCUAACUUUAAAUGCAGUCUGUAUUAACAGCUCUGCUUUUAACUUUAAAUGAGCAAAACUUGGCCUUGAUGCUUGGGAUGAGUGACUGCUGACAGAACUAUUUUUUUUUUCUUUUUUGAUGAUCGACUGAUGACUUCUGAUAUACAACCAUUUCACUUUAUAUUUGACUUUAUAUUAAAGCAUUUGAAUGCAUUUCAGUUUGUCUAUGAACAGAAAAUGUGGUUGAAAUAAACAUGUCUGUGGAGGACUCUUUGAGGAUGUGGUUGUGAAAGUUGCCAUUUUUGUCAAUUUUCUGAGUGUGUCUACAUCUUUGUACAAGAUUCCACUGAAGCAGAAAAGAGAAAGAUGAAUAUUAGUUGAUAUGAAACAGGACUGGUCCCUUGUUACCUUAUAAACUGGUAUUUUGUAAUAUUUAUUUUCUGCAAUAAUAAUGUAGGUCAUGUAUGUUCAGCCAGAACCUGUUGGUGAUUUAUAUAGUUUUUUUUUUUUUUUUUUUUUUUUUAUGAUAUUGGAAGAUGGAAAUGGAUUGGUGUCUACAAGGGCUAGAUUGAUUAUCAACCUUGGCCAGUAACUGGGGCUGUGCAACUUUGGCCAGAUGUGUAACAGCUUGAAGAGCUGUAGGACAAAAAAAAAAAAGAAGCAAUUAUUGGAGUUUUUCUUACAUCUACUACUUCGGCAUACUGUCACCUCCAUUUCAACUGAACUCCAUUUAAACUUUAAAAUGUAGGCACAAGUCCUUUCUAUUGGUGUAUUAAUCCAAAUUUGGAAAGGUAUUGUUGUUUUAAAACACCCAGGUCCUGAUCUACGAAGAUCCCAAUGUAUGGCACCAUUUAUACACAAGGCACUUCAAAGUGUUUUAUAGAUGCAAGAAAAUAAAUUAGAAAUCAAAAAAGAGAUUUAUAAAAUUUAAAAUCAAUAAGACAAAAAGAUAAAUUUUUUUCAGCUGUUCUAUGUUUGAACUAAUUAUUCAUCAAUACUGCCAUUUACCAGAAAAUCAAAAUAAAUAAGGAGCUCUGCAACAUUCAGUCUCCAAGACUCGACACGACCCCGAGACCUGCCAUGUUUUGUAUCAUUUACUGCAUCCCGAUUGCAUUAGACCUGAAUAUAGUUGCCCAUCCUGCAUGACAUACCAUUCAACACUUUGGACAGCACACCAGAAAAACUGUUCUGGGAGAUGCACUUGCUGUGAUGGUGCGCUGGAAUGAUCCAAAUGCAGGAAAAUGCAGUGUUAAUUGUGCAUCUGUUGUGUGCUGUUUUGGUCAUUUGACAAAUGCAAUCCUCGAUGCACCUGGUUAGUAGAUCAGCUUUAUCAAGGCAAACCUUUUGUAGAUCAGGCCCUUACUGUUCAGUGAAUAUAAUUACUUUUGGAGACAUUUUGAGAUAGUAAUAGUAGUGUAAUAAUGUGGAAUCUUCGCACCAUAGUUGGUGACAUCAUUGAGCAAUGCUGGGAUUUAGUUUUAUAGUAUAAUUGUAAUUAUCAUAUAAACAAUAUUUAAUUGCUGUUUGUUACAGUGUAUGUAUAUAUAUCCAUAAUAAACUGAAAGAGAAAAAAGGAAAUCAAAUAUGUCCACAUUUUUUCAGAAUCUUAAGAUUUACUCUGUGAUGGAGGGGUAAUGUCUACUUGCUUACCCUGAGGCAAAUCUUUCGCAGGAGCAGUAAAGACUUUUAUCGCUAUGCAGAUUACACUCAGCUCUACGUCUGAAUAGCCUGGAACUACUGGUAUGUGUUGCAUUAUGGUUUAAUGUUGUGUCUGACUGAAAUCAGGGAUUGCAGGCCUGAAAAUUUUCCCAUGCCGAGUGGGUCCACAUCUAAAGUUAUGGUUUUUAUCCCCUAAUCCCCCAGCUUUGGCUACAUAAAUCAUUUGUCCUCCAGCCUGGAUGCCCCGUCUAAUAAUAUAUAUAAAGAGGCCUGUAAACUAGUAAUCUUUUGACUCUAAAAUCUCCUCUGACAUCCAGUGCACCAAAGAUAUGCAGUCCUGUUCUGCUUAGCUGAGACAGUUAACUAAACUAGGUCUGUCCUUUUCUCAACUGACUUAAAAAUAGUUAUUCGUGCAUUUUUUCCCUCUGGACUUGACUAUUGCAAUGCACUUCAUUCUGGCACUAGCAAGUACAAUAUUUAAAGAUGGGAUUGAUUCAAAACACUGCUGCUGGCUUCUAACCCACAGCAUGAUAGUAGUCACGUUACAGUGGUCCUUGCUGCUCCUCAUUUUCUACCUGAGAGUCUUGAGAUUUUACCACUGUAUUCACCCAUACAGCUUGUUUAUGCUCCAGUCCAGUCCAUCUGUGAACUGCAAUGAGCUGCCCUAUGAGCCCCACCUCUGUUAGGGGUCCUCUAGCAGGCCCUUACCUGUGGUUCCUCAAUCCUGACCAGCAAGUGGUAAAUGCCUUAUAUUUAUAUACCGCUUUCACCAGUCCUCUGACCUCCUCCUCUGCUUUUACAGUACAUGUCACAUUCACCCUUUAACACUACAUUCACAUACUGAAGUAAUCAAACCCCUGACCUUCCCCUGACUGACUGCACCACUGAGCCACAGCUGCCCCUGGCUGACUGGUCACAAGAUGUGGCUGAGCAUUUGCAAUUUGGAUUUCAUGGCUGUGGAACUCCUUUCCUGAUGGUAUCAGGCCGGCAAAUCCAGUGUCUUCUUUGAGAUUCCCCAGAAUCCAAUGAAGUUGGGACAUUGUGUAAAACAUGCAUAAAACAGAGUACAAUGAUUUGCAAAUUUUUCCUGACCCUUAUUUAAUUGAAUACAUUACAAAGACAAGCUAUUUAUUCUUCAGAAUGAUGAACUUCAUUUUUUUUCUUUUUUUGUAAAUAUUCACUCUAUUUUGAUUUCCUUCCUGCAGCACGUCCCAAAAAAAUUUGGACAGGGUCAACAAAAGUCUGGGAAAAUUGAGGAAUGCUCAAAAACACCUGUUGAUAACAUUUCACAGGUGAACAGGGUUGCUGGAAACAGGUGAGAGUCAUGAUUGGUUGUAGAAGGAGCAUCCUCGAGAGGCCCAGUCCCUCACAAGCAAUAAUGGGGUGAGGUUCACCACUACGUAAGCAAAUAGUCCAACAGUUUAGGAAAGUUUCUCAGUGAUCUACAGUCAAUAAUAUCAUCAAUAGAUUCAGAGAAUAAAAAAAAAAAAAUCUGCACAUAAGCGGCAUUACCAAAAAACAACAACACUGAAUGCCCAUGACCUUUAACCACUGCAGUAAAAAUCCACAUUCUGUAAAGGAUUCUGUAAAGAGAAAAAGAACCAUCCAGACUGUUCUCAGGUCAAAGUUCAAAGCCAGCAUCUGUGAUGGUCUGGAGGUGUGUUCGUGUUCAUGGCUAACUGUCAUAUCUGUGAAGCCUCCAUCAAUGCUGAAAACAUUGACAACACUGAGAUACAUUCAGCAUAUGUUACAACAGUGUGGCUUUGUGGUAAGCGUUAGGGUACUAGACUGGCCUGCCUGCAGUCCAGACUUGUCUCCCAUUAAAAAUGUGUGGCACAAUAUGAAGUGCAAAGUACAUCUGUGGAGACCAGGGGUGUCAUAGAAGCCAAAAUUUGGGAAGGGGGGUCACAGUGAGCGUAGAGGUCCUUUACUGAAAAAUGUCAGUCUUCUUAAAUACGUAUGAAAAAACAAAGGGUUCGCCUGAAAACCUGCCUUCACCAUAGCUGAAGUUUGUCUCUUCUAUAUUGCAUCAAUUAUUUGUGUUCCAUUUCCACAGUCAAAACAAACUUACUGAAUCUCAGAUUAUUCAAAUUAAAACUACUACGGUUGUGAACUAUUAUGAUAUUCAUUUUGUUGUGGUCAUUCUAAUGCUUUUUUAUUUUUACCUCCUCAGUGUCUUUAACUUCCUGAUAAACAUCACCAUUACACCUCCACUCACAACUCUGAACUGGUCAGUUACACAGGGAAGGAAUCGUUAAAAAAUCUACCUGCAAUAAAAACAGUACUGCAAAAAAGUACAUUUUGAGGAACAUGCGUAUUUAAAUGUUUACGACACUCUGUGGCUGCGCUACACCCAGAGAUGUAAUGCUACUCUUACUUAAUCUGAAUACUGAAUGUUGCUUUGUGGAUUCAGAUUAAUAAGCAUCAAUAGACUGUAUAUAGAAUGGACGCUGUCUGCCUCCUCUUUGGGUAAAGUCACCGCAAGAACAGCACCCUCUGGUGACAGGCUGCAGUAUAGGUCAUAAUUCCUGCCUCCUCCAGCAAUCUUUAUGGAGCUGUGGACGAACUUUAGAAAUUAAUUACACAGAAUAUAACUUGUGCUCAAGUCCUCUUUUUUCUGUACAGCUCCAUUUUUAAAAGUUAUUAGGGGGUUCAUGUUUUCUAUGAUUGACACUUGAUACAGCCUAUGGGCGCACGGAGAUUGAGUAGCUCACACUCGUUUGAGCCGAGUGUCAUCACAGCGACUCUCUGCCGAAUGAGUACAAUGCUACUGCGCAAGUGGAGGUUCCAGGAAGAAAAUCCCAGAAAUACAGAAAGCAAUUCGGCUUCAAAUUCGUAUAAUGACGGAAGGUGGAGCUAAGUUGUCCAUAGUAUAUACAGUCUAGUUUUUUUUUUUUUGACUUAAAUUUGAAACAACUGAAUUUUUCUCACUUAUGCAUACCUGACUUCCUUCUGUAAAGGAGUACAUUUUCUUUGCAUUCGCUUUUCAAACGGGCAUGGUACACCUGUCAGAGAGCCUGAACAGUUGAGCAACUUCAUCUCGCAUUAAUAAGAAUUUCACCUCCAAAUCUGCAUGGUUGGGGUCCUCCGUUAUUGCUUAUUGACUGUUGUUAAAAGGGAGAUGUAACAUGGUGGUGAAGAUGCCAAUCAACCAGUCCACCUGUGGAAUAAUCCAUACAGGUGUUUUUUGAGUAUUCAUUAAUUUUCCCAGUCCAUUAUUGUUUGCUUAAAUAGCAGUGUGGUGGUUAAACUUGUUGCUUCACAGCACAUUAGUUCCUGGUUAUUAUUCCCAGCCUUGCUGUAAUCCUUUUAUCCAUAGCUAGUGUGAUUUUAGUGGAAUAAAUAAAGGAUAGAUGGAUUUUUAUUGCUACCAUUAUAAUUCCAUAAGUGGGAAACCUGUAUGACAUAAUACAGGUCACUCGUUGCAGCCUCUAGGGUCUCAAAUGUCCUUACUCAAGAGCUGAGAGCUGAUGCCCUCAUAGAUGAUCAUUCUUAUGCUGUAGAUAUCCAGCAACCUUCCCCACAUUCAAAACUCAAUGCUAAUCCUGCUCUCUCCUCCAACUAUAACUGAUGCUACGUCUCUCAGAAACACUUCUCUCUUAUCUUAAUGCUGUUUGGGUUUUUUUUCCCUCUCUUACAUUUGUAGGCAUUUCUCUCUUAUCUCAUCUUUCUUUCUCCAUUGCUCAGCUGCAUUUCCACAGGUCUGUACAGUCAGGUUUCCAUAGCAACACUCAUAGACGUGCUGCAGGUUGGGUGUCGCGAGAGACUCAGUGCUCCCAACUGCUAUUUGCUGCUCAUUUGGUUCUUCAGAGCUCUGAUUGGCUCCCGUUCUUCCUGGCUAAUGGUGUUUACUCAGAUGAAGAGCUAAGCUGACUGAUUACCAGCCACACACUGAGCAUGAGAGAGAGAGAGAGGACUAGAGAAAUGAAAAGACAGCUCUAGUAAUCACUGAAGUGAGAAAUGAAAUGAGUCACAAAAGGAGGCGCAAAUAUAACAUCAUUGAAUCUAUGAUGGUAACAACAAGACCUUUUGACUCUUAGAAAGUUAGUCCAGAAUCUCUUUGGAUAUGACCUUGUCACCCUACAUGAAGGCUUCACCACAAGUACAAUGACAGGGACUUUAUUAAAAAGGGGCUGUAGGCAAACAGUCCUCCGUCCCCUUCCCCCAGCUUGUGGCAAAUAUACUACAACACUACAACUGUCCAACAGUUGCAUAUCUUGCUAGCUUGCUUAGGGCUGCUACUACAACUAAGCAUUUUAUCAGCUCUAUUUGGAAGCAGACAUAGCAUUUGAAUUGAUUGCAUCUAAUUGAAUAUGUGUAAGCAAGCACAUUAAUAUACUGUAUAUGCCCACCUGUAAAAUAACAGUUAGCAAAAGAAAGAAAAAUCUGCUUUUUGUGUGUCACAAAGUGAAAGUUUGAUGAUAGCUACUGGUAAAAAAACAACCUGAGACAACACAUUUACUUUGUGUGUGUGUGUGUGUGUGUGUGUGUGUCUGUGUCUGUGUGUGUGAGAGAGAGAGAGAGAGAGAGAGAGAGAGAGAGAGAGAGAGAGAGAGAGAGAGAGAGAGAGAGAGAGAGAGAGAGAGAGAGCCAUACUGCAGGAUGGUGACACCCUUUCCCACCAGUUUUGAAAGUUUGCUUUUCAAGUUCCUUACUUUAGUACCUUGUAAAUGGCACAACAAGAAUAGACUUGGAGAUGGCAGAAAACCUUAACCUCAGUCCUCAGAGUUUUUAAAAGUAGCUCUUAAAGGUUUAAUUUUUGGGCCACUGCAAUUUAUAUUUCCAUGAUUUCACUGACUAAUCCCACUGGUAAAGCACAAUGAUGAGUCUCCUCAUCCCUGCUUGUAGAUACUCCUUUAGUGUAAAUCAUAAUUUUAUCAAUAUACAGUGGUGUUUUUUCCUAAGCAUCUUUCUAUGUGUCUUUGUUAUAGUUCAAAUUCAUCUUUUGUAUCAGAAAAGCAAAGCGAAAGCAGGACAUUUUUAAUGUAGUUGUCUUUGUGUUUUCAAAUCAUACAGCUCUAAAGUCAGAAGGUGUUGUUGAAAGAUGACAAAGAAGAGCAAACAUGUUCAUAUGUUCAUGUUAACUGCAUGAUAUCAUGAGUCUCUUUCAAGAAAGUUCCCAGAAGAUGAAUAAUCCUUAAGUGGAAAUCCAACAGGCUCAGACAGGAAAAGAGCCCGAGCAAAAUCUCUUAAACGGAUAACAGUCCCAUACAGUGGUUUACAUGGGCAGAGGCCUAGCUCUGAAUGGUGCUUCCUUUACUUUAUUGGUAGGAGAUUUUAGCAGUCUAACUUCUCUCCUUGCAAGCCUAUCCAACAUUACAGUGAUGUGUUCAUCCUGUUGUUUAUCCUGCCUGUCUGCAAUCUUAUCAACCAAUUUUAGGUUGCUAUCUGUCUUCCUCUUUUCCCAUUGUCAUUGCUGCCUUCCUUUCUAGCUUUUGUGCCUUGGCUACCUGAUCCUGAUGUAUUCGUUUCUUUCCUUGGGUCUAUCUUCCUUGGUGUUUCUCAUCCAUUUGAAUUAAUCACUUCAAUGCAGGUGGUAAAUAAAUCCAAUUCAAUCUAAAUCCAGUGAACUUAUAGGACCCAUUGCACUGGAUUCACCAGUGUCCUCAUCAGUAGGGUAUAUUGAAACUAACCACUUAAGUAUGACUAAUAGAAUACAGCUGCAAUUUAUGAUUCUAAUGACUUUUAAAAUGGUUGAUAAACAUGCUUAGAAGCAUCUUUGAUAUUUUUCAAAUAGCAGGUUUUGUCAGUCGUUAAAAAAACUGGUCUGUUAACUAUCUCUAAAUAUCAUUUGGUGGGCUAUAAUAAAUUGCAACCAAGGUUUAGAGUUCUUUGUCAAUGCCUACAUCCUUUUUGAAGCAUUUGUGACUGAGUUACUAUUUAAUAUCUGCAGCGAAUGUACACAGUAGUUAUUAAUCACACACACACACACACACACAAAUAUAUAUAUAUAUAUAUAUAUAUAUAUAUAUAUACAUGUAUUUGUAUGUAUAUAUAUAUAUGCUUAACAAAGCAUUUCUUAUUUUGAUUGAAAAAAGGAAAUACAGCGACACACAUGGAGUCUUUUGCAUAUUGCUUUGCUGCCACUUUAGCAGAACAGGCAUGAUAGAAAUGGAUUAUGAUUUUCAUUCAUAUUUUUUAUCCAUUGUGUAAUCACCUGACAACAAAACUUAAUCUCCUUUUAAUUUAGGAUAAACUAUCAUCUUGUGUUGACAUCUACAGGAGUGGGUCUCUCAUGUUUCUACAGGUCUACUGAACUUGAAAGGGCCAUAUGCAUUUUAUCAUUUUUUGGAAGGCUGCUGAAUAUACAGUGAUUAGAAGAUUUAAAAAAAGAAGAGAGUGUUUGUUUCUUUGUGCAACCAAGCAGCCUCUUGUCGUUGAAGGCCACUGUCCCAUGUAAAGUAAUCUAGAGGCUAGUGGUAUUGUGAAACACUCCCAUUUGCCCUGUUUCUGCUUCUGCAGCUGUGACUCCUUGGGCUCUAUUUUCAUGCCUGCCGGUGGCGUGGUGGAUGGUGGUGCACCCCGUGCAGUGAUAUUUUUGUCUGGCGGAGCCCGGCACACAGCCAGUUUGGUAUUUUUGUAGACUUAGGUCCGCCAAGCUGGGUGUGGUGGCGCGGUAGGGAGAGGUUUUGACAGAAUCAGCUGGCGCAGUGACAUUUUCGUGCCUGCUGGCGGCGUGGAAAGUGCGCUGAAAGCUCGCAGAUUCAAACCUGGUCAGCUUUCAGCGCAUGCGGAGUGCAGCUGGUCUAGUGGUAUUUUGGUAGACCGGCGGCGUAGUGCGCAUAUGUCACCGAUGCCUCACCGGCAGGUUUCCACAGUGUCAGGCACAUUUCAGUGCAAUAUAUAAUAAACAACAGCCAAUAUUCUGAUUCAGCAAAUACAUUUAGAUCUACAGUAUAUAGAUAUAUUCUGAUCUAUAUCUGAUCUGAUGAGCGCGUUUGGCACGAGUUCUGACACUCAACCUGACCAGAUUAACACAGCUGAAACCGCAUUAAAUUAAAUUAAAUAUCUAGUAAAUAAACACACACAAUGAAGUUAACAAGAUAUUUAAUUCGUCUCCCCCCAUUUCUAUCUUCCUCUUCCUUUUAUUUCUUGCGCAGCUCGACCUGGACAUGUCUCCGUGUCCUCUCCUCUCGCUGUUGUGGCGGCUGAACAGAUGAUUUGUUUCAGUGAUCGGAUGAGUUAUUUACUUUAAGCCUACAUACGAAUAUUAUAAAAUUUAGUUGCGUGAGCCAAAUUUAUUUUAUACGCCAACAUCUAUGAAAGAAAGAGCCAGGCCACGGAGCGCGAUGCGUCAUUACACACAGGUGGUUCUGAUUUUAAUGCCGUUAUUGGAAUUUAUGUUGUGAUCUGUGCGCACAACCCACCUUUGUCACGUGAGGUUUGAAUAUAUGCAACUUUAUGUGAGUGUCUUUAUUUGUGGAAAAGGAUGUUUGUCUCACCAGUGGGUCCAACAUUACACACACCAAAUCCAUCUGUGCUCAUAAGAGAGAGUGUGAAGGACGCCCUCUGCAGCGCUUACAGCGACACUUGUUGAGGGGCUGCCUUCUGUCGCCAUAGUGUGGCAUUACUGUCUUCAGACAUCUCUUGAUCUCUCCGACUACUGCACGAAAAUUGUAAUACACCUCACUGGUGGCGGAUUUAAAGGUGAGGAGACGAGCUGAUGUGAUUGGCAGAAACAGGUCUCGGCUGUGUUAAACCUACUCCACGCCUUGUGGAGUGGUAUUACGACUUACGCCGCUGGGAGGAGCUAAAUUAGGGAGGGGGGAUACUUACGCUGGGCUGCGCUGCUCACCAAAAUACCAAAAUGUGCUUGGGCACUCCUUUUCAGCGCGGCGGACCUGACUUGCUUCUGCGCCACUCUGCCGGGAAGGCACGAAAAUAGAGCCCCUUGUGUUAACUCAUGAAGUUGCUUUGUGCACAGAAGUCUGAGGUGGGGACAUGGACUUGUUUGAGAGACCUUUGCAUUUCUCAUAUUAAAUAUUACAUGCUUUGCCUUAGCAAACACCCUUUUUAUAUAUAAGGUUUUUAUUUUAAACUAUGGUUUUAAAAAUUGCUUAUUGAUUUGGAUAAAAACCGAUAAACCCAAAACAGCCUCCACCUUAAAAUGUUUUUCAGCACCAUGGAGAGCGACAGAUUUCUAUUCACAGACUCGCCUGUUAUUCUGAAUGUGCUAUUUUACUCAGGUACAAGGAAUUGGGGUUGGCAUGUAAAAAAAAAAGCAUACCCACAAACUACCUUAUAUUGUGUAUUAAUGAAACAGCCCUCUAAUAUUUGCUGCUGUUUGGAAGAUAUAAAGGUUACUCUUGAACAACAAGUGAAGGUUAAAAACAUCUUAUGAAUAUCCAUUAAAAAAGGUGAAAUACUGAGCUGCAAGCCCGAAGCAUUAGAAAAGAUAUAGUUACAUAUCUUUUUAUAAAUUAUAUAAUAUAUUUUUGAAAACAACUAUUAUUUGAAGAGGCUGGUGGAGAAGCACAGGUGCAGCGGUACAUAUUACUCCAUUUACUGAUUUGACCAAAAGACCAUUGUAGGGGCCGUGUGCUGCUGUUGAACAUCAUACCACUAAACCCUUUUGUACCGACGCUUUGUUAGAAUUUCAGUCUUUAUACAUGUAUACUGACACAGUUUGCUGUAAAAUACAAAGUAAGUACAAAGUAUGUUGAAAGUAUUUGAUUCAAGUUGUAAUUAGAUUACUGGGGGCAGAUGGAUGCAAAAAAAUAUUUAUUUUGGUAGGUGACAUCAAAGGGUUGAAAUCACACUGCAAAAAAUAACACCUGUAACAAUUGUUUUUAAUAGUUUGUUGAAAGAACUGAAUCAAGAUAUUUGUUUUAUAUUGUUGAUGGUUUUUAAAUGAAAAAACUUACGGUAAAUUUUAAAAUUUUAAUAACUGGGAAGACAUUAUCAUGAGAAACCAGAAGAACUGAGUGUAACUCUCGUUCUGUGAAUAAUUCAUAUAUUUUAAAAAGCAACUUCAGAUGAAUGAUCUCUUUUAAUUGCAGAGACAGGACUGAGAAACAUAUAGUGAAGUGGAGAGUUAAACUAAAAUAUAAUAAGUAUUGGUAAGGUGUAUUGAAGUUCAGCAUAUAAUCUCCUCUGAAGUGUUGCUUACAGUGGAUGAUAAUAAAGACAAACAUUUUUAGCUGUGAUUGUUAUUAUUAAUUUGGUAUUUAUAGUUUCUUUAUAAAGAAUAAGAACAGAUAUAGACUGACAUGAGUGAGUUGGGUCCUUUCUCCUGUCUUCCCAGUGAUCAUCUGUGCACUGGGGACAACCCACUGGAGAGCCUCUCUAUCUGCUGUGGUGCAGCUGUGGUACCACACAGAGAUACACUUUGUGGAGCAAGACAAAGAAAAAAAAACUUUUUUUACAACUCUUUCUGUCAAAACAUCUAAAAAAUUGCAUUCACAUCAUAUCAUUUUAGUUGAUGUAUGAGUGUGUGUGUGCUGAUGUUGAUUCUUUGAUCUGUCUGUCAUGUGGUACCAACAUGAUUACAGAAGCCAUGCCAGAUGUGCUGGCCAGCUGUCUGUGACACAGACUCUGUAAGUGUGUGUGUGUGUGUGUGUAAAACAGGAAGCAUGUCACCAUAAACAGGGCAGUAACAGUGACACUGCCUUUUCUCACACAAAUGUCAUGGUUCAUAAGAUUGUCUUUAUUCAGGGCUCCUAACCUCAGCCAGUUCCCUUGCAGAGAGAGGUGUUUUUAUAUGUGUUAAGCAACUGAGCUGGAGAACUUAGCUGCAGCCCUUAUAUGGUCAUGCAGUUUGGUCAAAGAAGUGCGUUUGCUACAGAAUGAAUCAGAGUGCUGUUACAUCAGAGGUAUGGGCAGGCAGGAUGGAUCUCUUGCACUCCUAUUGGAGCAUGCUUCCAUUUGUGUGUGCCUGAAUGUGUGAGUGAGAGAGAAAGGGGGAGAGAGGUGUGACGGAAAAAACACACACACACACACAAACUCAGAUGCCCUACUUUUGGGCAACAUGGGAUGUAAGGACUGCUCACACCAAUAUGUGUGGGGUACAGCUGAGACUGUGUGUGAAUGCGAGGUACUAGAUAGAAAUUAGGAAUUCAUUCCUAUGGGCAGUUGUACUGCACAUAUCUGACUGUUUUAAUGUUUCACAAAAGGAGUGAAUCUGAAAAAGUACUUUUCAGGAGAGAACCUGUGUCUUUGGUCAGUAAGAAUCAAGCCUUCACAGAUAAAGAGCUUAGGACACAUUACAAGUUAUUAUUUUCGAUUAAGCAUGUAUGAGGACUUCAUUUGAUGUUUAUGAAAAAGAAUGAAGCUCAUGUUGUUGCAUUUUCAUGAUAUUCAAAGCAAACAAGACCAUGGAGGCACACUGUAAAAUAAAUUUUUUGACAGUAAGACUACAUGGCAGACCCUCCUAAAAGAAAAUAUACCAAGGAAAAAGACCAACCUGUCAUUUCAGCAAAUGUACAUCUUGUCCCCUGUUUUGUUUGUAGUUUAUGACUGCUUUUAUGAGCUUUUUUUGUGAGACGAACUUAAGGAGCUAUCCAAAUGAUAAUUAUUCUAGAAGUAAUAUUGUUGAGAUGACACAGCUGUACAGUUUGUUGUGCUGACUGACAGAAGUGAAAUCUCUUUUUUCAAAGUGAACAUACAAUAAAAUACAAGUAACACAGUAUCCCCAAACUUAAAAUGAUGUUAUCAAGGCUAAAGCAGAGGAAAAAAAUGGACUCAGUGGGUCCUAAAGCAGUCACAUACUUCACGCAGAAGAUCAUGCCCUCUUCUGAGAAAUAACUAAAUCAAUAUAUAUUUUUUUAUAUUGACAAGGUUAAUUAGAUGACUACAUAAUAUUAUUUCGUCAACUCUACAGAAAACAAAGACACCAUUUCCCUUUUGUACCAUUGAGUAACUAAGCUCUAAUAAAUAUUACAUGAGAUGUGUUGUUGCAUUAAACUCUUUGUUUGUACAGUGCUGUGUAAAUAUGUCAUUGGAGUGACUCAUCAGUCUAAAGGCACACAUUGCUUUGUAAAGGUCAGUCAAGUUAAUAUCUCCUUUUGCCAUUACCAGAUUUACUAGUGGCUACCUAAGGGAUCUGUCCAGCCAAUGCUCUUUGUUUCAGCCAUACUGUGUAUCAACCACCAAUAAAAAUAUUUUGUAAAUUUUGCUUGGGAAUUAAUUUUCUUCUCGGUCUCUCUAGGAACAUUCCAGGGCCAGUGGGUCGGGGGGAUGCGGCAUGGCUAUGGAGUUCGACAGAGUGUCCCAUAUGGCAUGGCGGCUGUCAUCCGCUCUCCACUCCGUACCUCUAUUAACUCCCUCCGCUCUGGUUCAGAGCACAGCAAUGGUACAGCAUUACUGGACCGGACUGGGACAGUAGUUCCCGGUCCUCUUUCUGUUCCUGGAACUCUGACAACAAGUGUCUCCAUGUGCAGUACAGGCAGCAGUGGCAGCAGCCCCGCUGUGUCUCGUGGAGGUUUUGUGCUGACAGCACACAGCGAGGCUGAGCUUCUAAAAGGGAAGAGAAAAAGUGGGCUGUUCCGGAGAUCUAUUCUGUCUGGGCUCAAGCUGAGGAAGUCCGAGUCCAGGAGCUCUCUGGCCUCCCAAAGGUCUAAACAGAGCUCCUUCAGGAGUGAGGCCGGGAUGAGCACUGUUUCCUCUGCUGCAUCAGACAUCAACUCUACUAUCAGGUAAUAACAGGAGGAAAACAGGUGUGUGUGUGUGUGUGUGUGUGUGUGUGUGUGUGUGUGUGUGUGUGUGUGUGUGUGUGUGUGUGUGUGUGUGUGUGUGUGUGUGUGUGUGUGUGUGUGUGUGUGUGUGUGCGUGUGUAGGGGGGUCAGUAGUUGUCCUUGUUUUUUACAAACUGUGAGUCAUAUGGGGAGUCACAAGGAUACCAACAAAAUCUAAGCCAUAUACAAUGUCAAUCACCUUUUUAAACUGUGCUUGUAAAUAUCAGAAUUUGAUGGACGAACAAGUUGAAAACCGUUUAAUUGCACUGGUGUAUUUGUUUUUGCUGAUGGUGUUGUAUAGUCUCCUUCAUAAUGCGAUGAAGUUUUUUAAAGAAGGUGAAAAGACAAUUUGAGAGGACUAGGAAUUAUUCGGAAUUGUACUGAUAAAGAUCACUGUCCUGACCUGAAGGACAUCCAGGCAAAAACAAGAACUUGUCCUGCUUAACUGUGUUAAGAUUGGAUUAACAAGCAGUCUUAAGAUCCUUGUAGGGUAAAAGGUCAGUACUGGUCAGCUGGCCCAGUCCCUGAUGAAGAGUUUCGGAUUUGUGCAUCCUGUUUCCUUUCAUUAGCCUGUCAUCUAAGUCUGCCUGCACCCUAUGUCGUUGUCUAUUUCUUUUAACGUUUUGUGGUUGGUUGUUUGCAUCUUAGUCUUAGUACAAACUUACUGUUGUGUAGUAUAAAGACCUAAGGCUUGUGAAAACCUGGUAGAAAGCCUGCGGUUAUUGUUACAACAAAAACAACAUUUUAGACUGUAAUAUGCAGAACCAAUCUAAUUCAAAUCGAUGGUGGUUUGAAGUGUUUGAUUUAAGGGAGCAUUUACUACUUAUCCAAUGUCAGGAGCUCCUUUCUUUUCACUGCAAUGUAUCUGACAGAAAUCAGAAGGGAAAAUCAAAACUUUGGGACAUCCAGCUCAGCUCUGUUUUUCUUUUUUUACAAUAAUGUAAACGAUGGUUCUUGGUGCUUACAAUUCACCUAUUUUUUAAAAGAAAAGGAAACUUAGUUUUGUUUCCAUCUUUACUAAUUAACAUAAGCUGAGAUGUAAAACUGGCUUUCAGGUUUAUGUGGCAGUGAUUAUUGACAUCUAAAGCACCUCAAUAAAUAUCACAGAAUCUCAGUACUGUUAUGUUGGUGUUGCUUGGGUGUGCAACAGCAGCUAAACACAUAUCUAAACCCAUAACUCCAAACCAUGAUACCAACGAAGUUAGGUUGUGUAAAACAACAAUAACGGAAUACAAUGAUUUGCAGACUGUUUUUAAACUAUAUUAUUUAUUUAUUGAGCUUUAUUCAAUUCUUGAGGAUUGCAGAGGUUUCCCUCGUUUACAAUGACGUCAAGAUACAACAGAUACACAUUUUGAACAAAUCAACAAGCACAAGCGAGACAGUGGGUUACAAUCAAUAAAAACAAUCACAUAUUGUGGUGAAAUUAUUUAGCAUCAUGAUCUUGAAUUUGCCACAAGAAACUAAUGUAUACAUCCUCAGAUUUUGUUGUAGGUUGUUCCACAUUAUAGGAGCACAGUAACUGAACGCAGAUUUACCCAAUUCAGAGUAAACUCUUGGGACCUGCAGCAUCAAGCAGUCAAUGGAUCGAGUACUGUAAUAUCCGGUGAUCCAGUUUAAUAUAGAUUCUGUACAUGAAGGUGUAGAUAAAAACAUACAAGUACACUCUUUGUGCCAGAGAAGGCCUACCGACUUUGACAUACAGGGUACAGUGAUGAGUGUUGAAAGGAUCACCAGUUAUGAACCUCAGAGCAGAGUGAUAAACAGAAUCUAGAGGUUUGAGUGUGGAAGCAGCAGCGUGUCUAUAGAGGAUGUCACCAUAAUCAAAUACUGACAAAAAAAUGGCUUCAAUUGAAUCUUUUUCUGCAGUCAGGAGGGAAGUUUGAUUUGUGUCUAUAAAAAAAAACAAGUUUCUGCUUAAGCUUACUGACAAGAUUCUCAAUAUGGUGCUUAAAUGAGAAUGAUUCAUCCGGCCAAAUGCCAAGAUAUUUAUAGAUUGAAACUCUUUCAAUAUCGUUACCACUGACUGUGGAUAGCUAAAAGCUGUUAUAAUCUACAUCUCUAGCUCUGGAGUAGAUCAUGAAUUUUGUUUAGCUUGUGUUAAAAACUAUCUUAAGAGUAAUGAAAGCAUUUGAAGACAAUUAAGAGCAAAUUGCAGCGUCUCCCCAGCUAAGUGAGGAGGAUCAGCAGAGCAGUGCAAAAUAAUAUCAUCCGCAUAAAGGUGAAAAUGGCAGUCUGUCAAAGAGGAAACAACAUUUUUGAUAUAAAUAGUAAAUAAAAUAGGACCCAUAACUGAUCCUUGUGGGACAAAGAUAAAAACCCCAAUUGAAUGUUUCCAGCCUUUACACACCGUCGUCUAUUAAAAAGAUCGCUGUAAAACCAAUUACAAGAAAUAAAAUCAAGCCCAAUAUUAAAAAGUAUUUGGAUAAGAAGAGUGUGAUCAACGGUAUCAAAUGCUUUUGAUAAUCAAUAAAAACAGCAACACAAUGCCUCUUCUUAUCCAUUUCAGAAACAAUAUUAUUAGUUAUUAAAGUAGCAGCAGAGGUGGUGCUCUGAAUCCAGAUUGAUGAGGGCUUAGGAUACAGUGAAUACACAUUUAAUUGAAUACACUACAAAGAGAAGAUAUUUAAUGUUCAAACUGAUAAACCUAGUUGUUAUUGUAUUUUAUAAUAUUCACUUAUUUUGAAUUUGAUUGAACUGUUGAAGAUGUUUCAAAAAAGUUUGGACAGGGUCAACAAAAGUCUGGGAAAAUUGAAGAAUGCUUCAAAAACAUUUGUUUGGAUCCUUCCACAGGUGAACAGGUUCACUGGAAACAGGUGAGGUCAUGAUUGGGUAUUAAAGGAGCAUCCCUAAAGGGUUAAUUGUUCACAAACAAGGAUAGGGCAGAUUUGUGAAACACUGCAUGAGCAAAUAGUCUAACAGUUUAAGAAAAAAUAACAUCUCAGAAAGGUUGAAUAUUUGAGAUGUAUAGACGAGGAUGGGUUCACCACCGUAUAAAUUACCUCUAGCUAACAGAUAGUGCCACAACUUGAAGUCACAUUUUCUCAUUGUAAAAUUAUGAAGAAGGUUUUUAUCACCUACAGCAUAUAACAUUUAAAUAUAAAGAGAAUCUAGAGACAUCUCAUGGGACAAGGCUGAAAGAUCUGCAGCUUAUGGCUGUGAUCUUCUGGCACUUCAGGACUGCUUCGUUCAGUCAGACACAAUUUUUUGUUGGGCAAUGCUACAUGGGCACAGGAACACCUUCAAAAACCCUCAAAUGCAGGACAAAACCAUAUCAUGCAAACAGGGAACCAUGAAAUGCUGGCUUCACUGGGAUUGACCUGAUUGUCUGAGGUGAAGUGGAAAACUGUGGUCUAUUGGGUCAGAAAAGUUCAAAAAUCAUGGAUGUCUCAUCCUCUGGGCUAAAGAGGAAAUGAACCAUCUGGCUUGUUAACAAUACUCUGUUCAAAAUCCAGCAUUUGUGAUGGCGUGGAGGUGUAGGACAGAGAAGUAAAGGAGUCUGGGUGCAUUAUGAAAUGUAAAGUAUGACAUAGGAGAUUCCUAACUGUUAAUACAUCAAAAAGACACUUUACUGUGAAAGUGACUGUCCUGGCUUACAGUCAAUUGAUGCAACAGAGUGGUAGAAAUGACCCUGUCUAGACUCUUUUGUAGCACAUUGUAGGCAUCAAAUCAGGCAGAUACGCUUGAAAUUAAUGUGUUUUUUGUGUUAUUUUCACAGUUGCAGUGUUUUUGGGUCAUAACAGAAGAGCCCACAUAGUUCACAGCAAACCCUAUUCUUGUUCAUGUCAAAGUGAAAUUUUGGAUAGUGGAACAAAAAUACCCGCUGAACCAAUUUUACUUUAACCUUUGCAGCCUUGGAGAUGCGGAAACAGAUUUGGCCGUUGCGGAUGAUGAGGUGGAUGCCACAGCAACAGAGACCUACAGUGGAGAGUGGAAGAAUGACAAACGGACUGGAUUUGGUAUAAGUCAGCGGUCUGAUGGUCUACAGUACGAAGGGGAGUGGCUAAGCAACAAACGCCAUGGCUACGGCUGCACCGCAUUUCCUGAUGGCACAAAAGAAGAGGGGAAGUACAAACAAAACAUCCUAGUGAGUGGCAAAAGGAAGAACCUCAUCCCCCUCCGGGCCAGUAAGAUAAGAGAGAAAGUUGACAGAGCUGUGGAGGGUGCCAAGAAGUCAGCUGAUACUGCCCGGCAAAAAGCAGAGAUUGCUCUUUCCAGGUAGGAGCUUUGAGGUUGUUUUUGAAUAAGCCUUUAUAUCUAUGCUUCUUUUUUAAUCAAGUGCUCUGCUCUUUUGGUCUGAGGUACAGGCAACAUUGUCUCCAUUUGUUUGGGUAUGCAUGCUUGGUAAAGUCUUUGCUAAAGUAAUAACCUUGAAGAUUUUUCAGCUAAAUACAUCAUUUUCAGCCUGUAGUGUGUCCUUUUUGUGCCAUUUCAGGUACCCAGCUGUGGUUGAUGAACUAAACUUCUUUUUUUAGCUCCCUUUGUAUGAAACAGCAUUUUGCUGUUUUGAUCUUAUGAUGUGAACACAGUAAGUUGGGUUUUAUUACGUGAAAGAAAACUGAACAACUUUUCAAGCCACCUCAAAUCUUUAUCGAUAUAGCGGCUAUUCACUUAAAACUUUAUCACAAACUAUCCCCCUGGGUGCCAUUAAAUGGAAAGAAAAAGAAAACUUCAGUAUUUUAACCUUAGUGCCGUUAAAACCCUGAAAAUGGGUUUUCUCAUAGCGUCUUAUAGUGUUUGAAAGGAUAGGUGGGUAAGAUCAAGAUGACAUUGACCUAAUUUGCAUCACAUUACAGAAAUAUCUAGUUUUCGUUUGUUGGUUGUCAGCCCUGCUCACUGGUUUGACAAAGAUGAACAUUCAUUUGAAAUGGUGAUAUCGCUGUUUUUAGCAAAAUGGAUCAUAUUUGAAACAAAGUGGAAUUGUUUGGAUUUAUCAGCAGCACUGUCCAAAUAAUCAAGUCCUGACGGUGCAGAUCAACACUCAGACAGUGAAAAAUGAAAAGAAAAAGAAAAAAAACUACACUGCUUCCCUUACUUUUACAUAUAAGGGAAAAGCUACAGGGGCAGAGACCAUCCAUUUGGUUUAUACCAACCAUAGAAUAUAAGCCAUUAAAUUUCUAUUUGCUGUUUUACAUUUUACACAAAGUUAUUAUUCUCACAGUAUUAGGAAAUAGAGUUUUUUUGAGGAUGCUAUACGAAUUUGGUGAGGACAUUAUGGUACUCUAAAAUAACACCUUAAUUUGGCAACAGUGUUUUGCCUGUUUUCUCAUCUCUCAAGGUCAUACUCAUGGUGGUUUUCCCUUCACCUCACGUGAUAGAAAUGGUCUAAUUUCUUUUAGUGAACUUCCUCUCAUGAAAAGAUCUUAAAGCUGUGUUACAACGGUACAUGGCAAGGUUUGUUAAAGAGGAUGGGUUAAACGCACGGCACACACUGAGAUUCAAGGCGCAGCUUUAGCCAGAAUAAUGGUUAUUCACAGUGGAGACAUGGGACUCCAUGUCUUGUACAGAUUAAUUCAACUUUCACACAGUCAUCAUUACUCUGAAUGCAUCAACACCAUAUGAUAUUUUUUUUACUAAUAGAUAUUUUAUGUUCUUAUGUUCCAGUUUAAGGGGUUACUGUGGCUCAGUUAUUGGAGUUGGUUUUCUUGAUCCUAGGUUUUAUUGCCCAAAUGUCAAAGUGUCCUAGGGCAAGGCACUAAACCUCACCCGACCCACUGGUUUGCACCCAGUGGUGUGUGUGAAUUGUGUCGGACAAAAAAUGCAUAGGCUCUACAUAUAGCAGCCUUUGCCAGCAAUGUGUAUGAUAAUUUAUUAAUGCAGAAGGGGGGAUAUUUCCUUUUCCAUUUGGGCAUGCUAUACAGACAUUUCUGAAAAAAAAAGGUGGGUGUUGUACAUUCCGAUAAAUUUUCAUUUUCCUGCCUUAAUAAUCAACAAUGACCUAUGUAGCAGUCAGUAGAGUCCUAAACUGAAUACAACCGAUGCAGCUGGUGUUUUUUAAAUGGUCCGAAUCAAACAUAUCAGUAAGUUCACUAACAAAAUCAAUCAUUAUGUCACUUUUAUUCCAUCAAAUUUCUCACAACUUUCGAAUUGGAUGGGUCAGUUAUUUUGAAAUGGGGUAAUAUGAGGUAUUUUUUUCUUUUUUCUUUAUUCUCUUGCACCCAGGGGAGGCCUGUCAAAAUUGGCCCCCUGGUUGUAAAAGUAGAGCUGAGAGCUGGAACAGAAGCUAGGACAUCAUCUGUUGCAGACAGGUCUGCUCUACUGUGUACACUACCUAAUAUGAAGAAACUCCAACCUCCAGAACGAGUGCUGCUGAAAGUGUACAUGCUGUUUGGAAAUAUUUCAGUGUUUAGCUUCACAAUAAGGGAAGCCCAUUUGUUUUUUACCUACUCUCAGAUGUGACAUAUCAGUGAUCAGCUGUUUGAGUCUGCAGUCUUGUUCAGCAAGAGCUCUCAUUAACAUACCUGAACUAUUGAAAUAAAUCCGCUGCUUUGCUUUCAAAGAUUUUAUGGUAGAUGCAAGUGAGAGCAGUGAAGUGUAUUAUGUACAUGCCCCAUUGAGACGUACGUAGACAGAUGAACUCAAACUGUACCAAAAUGCUCCUAGAAAAGAAGCUGAGAUAUAAUAUAAAAUGUGUAAUGAAUUUAUUUUAAAGCUACAAACCCCAAUUCCAAUGAAAUUGGAACUUUGUCUAAAAUGUGAAUAAAAACAGAAUACAAUGAUUUGCAAAUCUUUUUUGAACUCUACUCAAUUGAAUUUACUACACAGACAAGAUAUUUAAUGUUAAAACUGAUAAUAACUGCAAAUAUUCACUCAUAUUGAGUUUGAUUGGGUGGCGGACCCCGUGCAGUGGUAUUUUCGUCUGGCGGAGCCCGGCGUACAGCCAGUUUGGUAUUUUUGUGGACCGAGGCGUACCGAGGUCCGCCAAGCUGGGCGUAGUGGCGAGGCAGGGGGAGGUGUCGACAGAAUCAGCUGCCGCAGUGACAUUUUCGUGCUCACCGGUGGCGUAUAAAGUGCGCUGAAAGCUCGGCGAUUCAAACCUGGUCAGCUUUCAGCGCAGGCGGAGUGCAGCUGGUCUAGUGGUAUUUUGGUAGACCGACGGCGUAUCGGCAUACGUCACUGAUGCCUCACCGGCAGGUUUCCACAGUUUCAGGCACAUUUCAGUGCAAUAAAUAAUCAACAACAACUAAUAAUCUGACUCAGCACAUACAUUUAGAUCUAUAUAGAUAUAUUCUGAUCUAUAUCUGAUCUGAUGAGCGCGUUUGGCACGCGUUUGGACACUCAAUCUGACUGAAUCAACUCUAUUUUAUAUGCCAACAUCUAUGAAAGAAAGAGCCAGGCCACGGAGCGCGCUGCGUCGUUACGCACAGGUGGUUCCAAUUUUAAUGCCAUUAUUGGAAUUUAUGAUGUGAUCUGUGUGCACGACCCACCUUUGUCACGUGAGGUUUGAAUAUGUUCAACUUUAUGUGAGUGUCUUUAAUUGUGGAAAGGGUGUUUGUCUUACUAGUGGCUCCAACAUUACACACAUCAAAUCCAUCUGUGCUCAUACGAGAGUGUGAAGGACGCCCUCUGCAGUGUUUACAGUGACACUUGUUGAGGAGCUGCCUUCUGUCGCCAUUGUGUGGCAUUACUGUCUUCAGACAUCUCUUGAUUUCUUUGACUACUUCAUGAAAAUAGUAAUACGCCUCGCCGGUGGCGGAUUUAAAGGCAAGGAGAGGAGCUGAUGUUAUUGGUCUCGGCUGUGUUAAACCCACUCCACGCCCUCUCUGGGAACGCCUUGUCGGCGCGGCGGACCUGACUUACACUGCGCCACAUCGCCAGCGAAGCACAAAAAUAAAGCCCUUAGUGUCAGUUCAUCUCAGAUGAGCUCGGGCCCAGAGCAGCCAGCAGUGUUUCUGGGUGUUGUUGAUAACUGGGUUUGAUUUGCAUGAUAAAGUUUGAACCUGCGCUUGAAGAUGUAAAGAUGAGUUGUGUUAACUGACAAUGGUUUUCCUAAGUCUUCCUGAGCCCCAAUAAGUUCCUCUUUUUUUCUUGUCAGAAAAUCACGGCAACUGAAAGCAUAAAAGUUUUGAGUCACCUCCCCUCCAGCCAGCUGUUACAACAAUCUCAAGAUCUCCACAUGAUACGAGGUUGAUGUGCUGGGACUGAAGUUGACGUGUGUUGAUGUCACUGUUGUGACAACCUAUAAUUAGCUAGUACCUGAUAGACUCCCACUGAGUCAGGUCACUUAACAUGUGCAUCAGUGUGUGUGCAAGUAGAUCAGCUUAGGUAGCUUUAUAGCUUUCCAGGAAUGAUUCAGCCACGCCAUGCUCAGAUGGUUUGUGAUGACGGAGGCGUUAGAAGAGCUGAGCAUGAGUCCUGUGUUCCACUUCCUUUUUUCUCUCCUCGUCUGAGGUCUUUUAGUUUGUUUUGUGUUCAUUCUCCCAUUUUCCGUUAGUUUUAGCUCUCCACUCUAGUAUUUCCUUUCCUCCUUUCAUCUUUCUUCCUUCAACUCAAACUUCACUUUUACUCCUAUUGUAUGUGUAAGUGUAUUUUAACUCAGUGAUCCUCUGUAACAUCUUACACAUGGUCCUUUUUGAGGAGGUAAACGUUGUGUGGGUUGUGGCUUGUGUCCUUAUAUCCUCACCUGGAGGGUAAUCCAUCAAAGUAGCUUAAGAAGCCAUGCUAUCUUGACAAGUCCAGGCUGAAACUAACGCCAUCUCAAUGCAGCCUCAUCUAUUCAAGGCAGACUCAGGGCAGACUUGCAAAGUUAAGAGCAAGAGACAUCUCAUCCUGGAUCUCCUCACUGACUGUCUUCCUCUGUCUGACUGAAACAUGGCAACAACCCAAUGGGCUCUAUUUUUGUGCCUUGCUGGCGAUGCGGCGCAUGCACGACAUAAGUCAGGUCCGCUGCACCCACAAGGCGUUCCCAAGCACAAUUUGGUUUUUUGGUGAGCGGCGCAGCCCGGCGUAAGUAUCCCCCCUCCCUAAUUUAGCGUAAGGGAGGAGAGAGGGCGUGUAGUGGGUUUAACACAGCCGAGACCUGUUUUCACCAAUGACAUAAGCUCCUCUCCUCGCCUUUAAAUCCGCCACCGGCGAGGCGUAUUACUAUUUUCAUGAAGUAGUCAAAGAAAUCAAGAGAUGUCUGAAGACAGCAAUGCCACACAAUGGCGACAGAAGGCAGCCCCUCAACAAGUGUUGCUGUAAACGCUGCAGAGGGCGUCCUUCACACUCUCAUAUGAGCACAGACGGAUUUGGUGUGUGUAAUGUUGGAGCCACUGGUAAGACAAACACCCUUUCCACAAAUAAAGACACUCACAUAAAGUUGCACAUAUUUAAACCUCACGUGACAAAGGUGGAUUAUACGCAGAGAUCACAUCAUAAAUUCCAAAAAUGGCAUUAAAAUCGGAACCACCUGUGCGUAACGACGCAUCGCGCUCCGUGGCCUGCGUGAGAAAUAAGAGGAAGAGGAAGAAAGAAAAGAAGGGAGACAAAUUACAUAUCUUGUUAACUUCAUCAUGUGUGUCUAUUUACUAGAUAUUUAAUUUAUUUAAUGUGGUUUCAGCUGUGUUAAUUCGGUCAGGUUGUGUGUCCAAAUGCGUGCCAAACGCGCUCAUCAGAUCAGAUAUAUAGCAGAAUAUAUCUAUAUAGAUCUAAAUGUAUGUGCUGACUCAGAUUAAUAGUUGUUGUUGAUUAUUUAUUGCACUGAAAUGUGCCUGACACUGUGGAAACCUGCCGGUGAGGCAUCAGUGACGUAUGCCGAUACGCCGCCGGUCUACCAAAAUACCACUAGACCAGCUGCACUCCGCCUGCGCUUAAAGCUGACCAGGUUUGAAGCGGCGAGCUUUCAGCGCACUUUAUACGCCACCGGUGAGUACAAAAAUGUUACUGCGGCAGCUGAUUCUGUCGACACCUCCCUCUGCCACGCCCAGCUUGGCGGACCUCGGUGCGCCUCAGUCCACGGAAAUACCAAACUGGCUGUACGCCGGGCUCCGCCAGACGAAAAUACCACUGCACGGGGUCCGCCACCCUCCGCCUCCUCACCGGCGGACACAAAAAUAGAGCCCAAUGACUUUUCCCACCUUAAUCACUCCACUUCACCAGGGUAUGUUUACAUCUGUCAACCCUGUGGCUCAGGUUGUGGGGAAGGUGAUUUACCACAAGAAUUGGAAAGUCUUGCUGGUAUCUUUGCCUUCCGUCAGUUCUUUUUAAUGUGUUGCUUUCAAACUCUCUGGGCCCACUCCCACUAUUAUUGCUACAGAUCCCCAAAGCCAAACGAUGAAUUUCUAAAUGACUUUGCUGCACUCCUCACCCGUCUCUCCACUCUCUUGCCAAAUGUUAUACUGUUAGGGGACUUUAACAUACAUAUGGACAAUAAGAAUUUCCUCCUCACCAGUCACUUCUCAUCAUGCCUUGACAGUUUUGGAUUCUGCUCAUUCCCUUCAACUGUUCAGCUAAUGAACUCCCCAUAACUGACCAUUUUCUCCUCUCAUUUAAUGUUUCGGUCUGUCUAUCCAAUACAAAGCCAUCAUGCCUCAUCUCAUUUCCGAAUAUCAAGGACAUUAACUUGAUAUUUGUCAACUGAUUCUGAAAGUAGACAACCCCAGCAUUGCAAUGAUGCUCCACAGGUCAAUAUCUACUCUGGAAUUUUGGAAUAAAAUUGACCUCAAAACAGAUAUGAUUUGCAGAAUUUGUUGUAAUACAGGCUAUUGUUAAGAUGAACAAUUCCAUCCAGUGGUCAAAGUGGCUUUUUAUUUAUUUAAGGUGGAAUCGAAACUUAAGCAGAACUGUUGGCGAAACGUGGUGCCAAGUUCAGCAUUUUGUUUUAAACUCCGGCUUUGAAAACACAAGACUGAAGUUUUUCAAAAUUUUCACUUUGGCCGGAGUUUUCCAAAAGCAGUUUUUAAUGACGUAAUCCUGUGGUUUCAUGUGGAUGGCAGGCCAAAACGUAUAGAAAUAUAUUUAUUUUUAGCAAAUACCCGGCUACAUGUGGACAAGGCCUGAGACUACUGCAGAUAGUUUACAAUGGAUCAUUAUCUCAUGACAACACACAGCAAAGGAGAGGCAAUCAUGUUUAAGUACCAAUGCCAUUAAAGAUCCCACCAACUAAACUGAACGUUUGUUAUGUCAGUUAUGCAUAAUGGAGCUGGAGACAAAUAUGUUGUCCACCUUGUUCUCUUCAUAGGUGUGGGUCUCUCCAUUGUUUUAACUAAUGUAUGCCUUCAUCUGUCCAUGAGAGGAGACACUGCACAUAAGCUAGAUCUCGACCCACAGACAUCUGACCCUGAACCAUACGUGAAUCGGUUCAGUUUUUUGGUUAACACUGCACAUGGCUUUUUUUUAACAAUAACUUCAGUAUUAUUCUGUCUAAUUAUCAGUAAGUUAGACGGUCCGCCUCACAUUCAGGGCCUAUAGAGAGAAAACUCUGUGUGCAAGCACUAAAUACAAUAUAAAAUAAACUUCAUGAAGUAUUCUCGAUGUGUAUGCAAAUCAAACAAAUUGUAAUUAACCAUAGUCUAUAAGGAUAUGACUGUAAGAACUCUCUAAUCAAAACAAACGUAGUAAUAACUUCUUGAAAGUAAUAUUAUUAGUCUGAUCUGUUUAACAUAUAAUAUAUGUACUUUAUUUAAUGUUCUUUUCUGUCGCCACAGGUUGAUCUACUCACUAAUGACAUAAAUUGAGUACAAUUUUGACAAAUGUUGUGAUGAUUCGAUAAGUCAGAACCCAGAAUUCAAAACCAGACCGCUGAAGCUUUGAACAGAUUUUAUUUUGAGGAUCAGCGCAAGGGAAGGAGGUUUCCAAGGUCCAAGGACUGUGAAAGGCUGUGAGGGUGAUUUCCAGGAGAGAGUGCUGGGUUAGUGGGCUGGUGUGAGGCGAAGAGUGAGGCACUGGAAAAGAAUUGGAGAAAACAAGGGUCAAUAAAAAACAGGGGCACCAAAAAUCUUCAAAUUUACUCUCGAGUAACUCAAUAGCUCUGAAGAGGGCUGUAGUACCACUGCAUGUAGUGACAAUACUUUGGUGCUGAGGCCUGUGUCUGCAGCAGUCUUAAAGCUUGAUUGCAGAGCAGCUGCAGGUGAGAGUAAUCAGCCUCAGCGCUGUGGGGGAAGGGAGCAGCCUCUGGGAAACAGCAUAACAGCCCACACAGGAAAUGGAACCCAACAAAAUAAAAUGUGCACAGAGUGUGAUCACCACAAAUGUGUAUUUGUCAUUGUAGAGUACAAAAUAUAAGUUAAAAAAAAUAAAAAAUGUCAUAGGUCAAUAAUGGAGAAUGAGUAAAAUUGUGUCAUUGACCUGGAAUGAUUGAUUAUUUUACCAGCCAGUCGUAGACAAGGGUGUUAUGAUUAUGGUAACUUGCAAAAGGUCUUUUUUAUGUCAUCAUCCUCACUUUAUGAAAAGUAGUCACUUGUUCCAUUUGAUUUGUGCUCUAUGAAUUAUAUUCGACUUAUUGAUGAACUCAUAUAAAUGUUUAGCUUCAUAUUAACUAAUAAAUUCUCCUUACGACUGUGAUUAAGAAGUCUGUUUCCGCCUGUUGAACAUUUUUGCCACACAGCUAAACUGAGCUCAGCAGUAAGUCCACCUGUUGGUAUUAGUAAAGCAUUAGAUGGAAAAACAGCAAUUCAGAUGUUGACGUCAAGCAGAGAGAAAAACACCAGACGGCUGAACAUGUAAAUGGUUGAAAAUAUAUAUUUUCAAAUGUUGUAGAUUUGAGUUGUAGCUGAUAUAAGAUGUGCUUUGAUUAAAGCAAAGAGAAGUAGAAGAAGACUAACAGUACUGACAGAAAAAUACUUCACUGAAUAUUUUAACUGUCAGACCUGUACAUCCAUCACCUUGAAAAUAUAUAUUUUCAACCCCCGCUCCAUUUAGGCUGAAAAGUAAUCGGUGGAAGUUAAUGUAAAAGCUGGUGUAUACUGCUGUGUCUGAUCUAGGCGGCAGUAGCUGACUCAGUCUUCUUCACCCUCACUAUGCUGACAAACCCAGUGCAUCAAAAACACUAGAAGACACCCAGCUACCAAGAGUGCAUCACUAAAUUCCUUGUAUUUAAAUGUCUUCAUUUGGAUCACCAGAACAAUGUGUAUUUACUUAAUAGUAUACCACCAUUCAGUUUUCAGGUAUGAUUUUGUCCUAAUGAAGGAGAAAAAUUUUAAAAUGUGUUGUUGUCAGCCUGCGAGGAAUCCCAGAAUGCCUUGUGUGAUAAAUACACAGUAAAUGGAGGCAAAUUUUUUGAAGUCUUUUAAAUAAAAACAAAGAUCCAGUAUACACAGUUUAUUCACUUUAUAGUAUACAACCAUUUGAUUUAUAGGCUUCCUUUAUUCAUAAUGAGUUAGCAAUUUAGGGGUACAGGUAACCAUGACAACUGAAUCCAAAUGUUGUAGAUUUGAGUUGUAGCUGAUAUAAGAUGUGCUUUGAUUAAAGCAAAGAGAAGUAGAAGAAGACUAACAGUACUGACAGAAAAAAUACUUCACUGAAUAUUUUAACCGUCAGACCUGUACAUCCAUCACCUUGAAAAGCAAAUUAAGCUCCAACACAUCUUACUAGACAGAUGUGCCAUAUCCAAAAUAAAUAAAUAAAUAAAAACAGAACUGAAAUCGUGUACAAUACAAUCUGAUCAAAUUAACAGACAAAUCAGUGAUAAUUUGGUAAUGAAGGCUGCUCAAAGUAAGGCAAAAUACAGAAGAGCAUAAAAUAACUGCUAAACAUGUUUGUUUCUGACCAAAUUUAGUGCUUAGGUUGGAGUUUCUAAAAAUUAGCCCAACCGUGUGGUAGGACUAACUUUGUCUUCAAGAGGUAAUGGGCUAUCUUCUGUUCCAGUUACUUGGCUGUUUUCUAAAUGAUUGAGCCAACUAUACUGCAUUCUGUAUAUCCUGUGUGUAAUACAGCUACCACCAGCAAGUACCUCAUAUAAGUCCAUUUAAGACAAAAAAAUAAAUAAAAACUACAAGAAUUAAUUGGGCACUGGUUCACCUGUCCAAUAAUAUUCAGCAUGUAUUAAGAAUUAAGACUGAAUUCAGUUGUAACAUGUACGUUGUGUAAAUCUGAGGUUUGGUAACCCCUAUCCUUCUUACCUCCUUGUGUUUGACAGGACAGCACACGCACAGGGUAAAGCAGAGGCAGCAAUAGGUGCUGCCCAGAAAGCGCAAGAGGAGAGCCGCAUUGCAAGGGUCACAGCCAAACAGUUUUCUCCUUCCUUCAAGCACCCAGGAAACGGUAAGCACACAUUUAAAACCAUUCAAGGGCAUGCAUGUAAAGCACAUGUUCAUAAUCCAGCCAAGGACAGAUAACAACAGCAUAUUUGCUUCCACUUGCAUGGGCAAGUGAAUGCACGCUCCUGUGAGUAUUUGUGUAGGUUGAUGAUGAAGGUCAGUGUACACCACCUCCUAGCUUUUCAUUUCAGGCUCUGUCAUUUAAACCUGCACACACACACACACACACACACACACACACACACACACACACAAACUUGGUUACCCCCCCCCCCCCCCCGUCUUUUUAGACAGUAGAUUUAAACUUUUGAAACAACAGAAAUUUGAUUUUUUUCCCAUAUCAAUUGCAUCUAGUUAAUAAUAAAUAGAGACUCUAAAAAGCGGCUUUACAUUAAAGCACUAAUAGUGAUUUGAUAAAAAAUAAAAAUUAGUACCAUGCUCGUAACAAAUUAGUAAUGACAUGACUAGAUUGUUUUGUGGGUUUUCUGGUUAAAAUAAAAUUCACUAAAAUGGGAUUCUCUGCAUUUGGUAUCUGGCAGUAGAAUUAUGCUGAUAAAAUCUAGUAUUUUACCCAGACUGUGUUAUUUACUCUUUACUCUUUGCUUAGUCUAUGCCUAUUCAUAUCCCAGAUAACCAACUUAGAGAACAGGACAAGGUGAUAUCUCCAUUCAUUUGGAAUGGUAAAGAGAUAUAAAAACUUGUAAUUGUCAAAACACAGUGGUUGGAUGGCCCCGGUAACAGAUAAGACCAAUGAUGCUCUGAUGCAAUCAAGAAUAUGAAGCCAAAUGGGAAGUCACGAAACUGUCAUUGUUGAACAAUCCUAUACUGAAUUAGCUUGGAUGCACACUUUUAACUAAAUAACAUGAUAUGUAGAGUCAGUUUUUUAUAGAAGGUCGGCUCAGUUUAGCAAAACAGUUUAACAUUCAGAAGGAAAUUGGAAUUGUAACGUGGCCAAUUCAUGACCCAGACUUCAGGCCAGCUACUAAUGACGAAGGUUUCAAACAAUGGGUGAAAAAAGCAGUAACAGUAAUGUGUCUGCUGAUUAACAAUCUGAAACUCAUAGAGUUCAAAACUAUGUCAGAAAGGUAUGGCCUUGCUUAAUGGGAUUUUUGAAUGGUAUCUCCAACUCUGACAGUAGUUUGAUAAAAUAUUAAAGGAAAUACGGUAAAUGACAAACCUAUCAGGCAUUACACAAAUAUUUAUCAGACCUUAUAAAACAAAAUUGUACAGAAAGAUGACUGGUGAAUUACACAAGAACAUAGUUGGAUUAAGGGAAACUCAACAAAUGAUAUUAAGAUAAAAUGGAAAAAAAAUAAAAUAAAGAACAGUUAUUUUUCCUGAAGAAUGGACAAAUAUUACUUUGACACAAAUCACUACCACAGCUUCUCAAUCAUGAAGGGAAUUUUCAUCGAGAACAAAAAAACUUUCAAACAUUCAAUUUUUUAUAACUCCAAAACCAAAGCCUAGACAGCCCAAAGCAUGGCAGAAAUGUUACAGAGGAUUUGGUCAGUGUAUGGGGAUCGUACACACAUGUUCUGGGACUGCCUUGUUCAAAAACCCUCCGGGAGCAGUGUUCACAAAAGAGUUAGAAAAGAUUUGUGCUAGAUUAAAUUUAUCUGCUAGUCCUUCUACUUAGACGGACAAGACAAAUUCAAAUGGCUCUGCAGAGACCUGCCAACUAUUAAACAGUGGACUAACACAGUUGUAUGGAAAAUAUGUCUUACAGUACUGCAGAGGGAAAAAUUUGACUCUUUAUGGGAAGAAUCGGACACAUAUGUCAUACAAAAAGGUAGUAACCCGAUAAACUGGAUAAACCUCUGUAAACAGAAACAAUGAUUUAUAGCAUAUUAUUAUGGUCUGAUGAUCCAGUUGUAUUCCCCUCAAGUUGUUACUGUUAUUACUGUUGAUACCUGGCUUUAUAUAUGAUGACAAUCACCCAAAUUUAUCCCUUUGUUAUCUUAUAUGUUAGUAACUACUACUUUUUAUUAUUUAUAUUUUUCCAUACUUUUAUUUUAUUUUUCUCAUCAUAACCCCCUCUUUCUAUUAUGAUAGAGUUAUAAUGAUUAUUUUUCAUUGUGUUACUAUACAAUAUGCAUAUACUGUUAGGGUACUUAUUCUCUGCCACACUGUGAUUUUGCAUUCAGUUAACAAAAUCCAAAAAAUAAAGCAUGAAAAAAAGAAAAAGGUUCUGCAAUAUUUGAAGGUAUCAGCAGCCACAGAGCAGGGGAUUAUUCACACUUCACUUAUUCUCUGUGUAAUAACAGUUUGAGCAUUUUAUUCAUUUUUUAUUUCAACCUUUAUUUAACCUGGUUUGUCUCAUUGAGAGCCAAGAUGUCUUUUGCAAAAGAGACCUGGCCAAGAAUUACAGCAGAUAAAAAAUGUACACAUAACAUUACGCAUAAUCAAUCAUGAUACAAAUAACAAUUCAAAUACAACUGAGUUCUACAAUCAAUGUUAAAGUCAGUUUAAAGACAGUCAUUGUUGAAGGGUGUUAUAAUUUUUUUUCAAAAAUGAACUGAUCUGAUUGGUAUAAUUGUUUUUAGUUGUAAAUAUUAAGCCAUGUCUCAUGCUUUUUUUGAUGUAACAAGAUCAACUGAGCAAAAAGCAAUGACUCAAGCAGAAUGCAGGGAGCCGUUAGAGCCUUCUCCUUUUAUCAUUCCUUGAUAUCUGAUCUUCCUAAUGUAGUUUCUUUUGUGUAGGUAUGGAGGUCCAGCGUCCAAAAUGUCAGGUGUCCAGUGAGGUGGAAGGUGAGGGCUUGUCCAGUAGUGCUGGCACUGCAGACAGCCCAGACCUCUAUGUAAAAAGCACAGGCUCUGAUGAACCCUCCUAUGAUGCUGCCACACCGGACCUCAGUCCCCCUUCUUCCUCUCCACCCCACACUCCUACUCCCCCAGCCCGACCAACACAGCGGAGCAAGAGUGCUCGCUUCCACCGACAGAGUGCUGUGGAUCACACUGACAAGGGGAAGGAUGUGGGAGAAAGGGCUGAAAAAAGAGGGGAAGUGGGGCAAAUCCAGGUGAUGAUGGAGGGAGGAAGUGGGGGAGGUGAAGGAGUAGGAAAGGGGGAGUACCCCCAGGUGAACACCUGGAAUGAGGAUAAGAGAAGAGGGAUGCUUUCAAAAACAGGUGGCCGAGGAGCAAACCAGACCAAUGGCCACAAGCACAGCUCCUCCAAUCACAGACAGACCAGGGAGCAUGGACCAUCCAAUCACAGACAGACCCGAAGGGACAAGUGGGUAGAGUCUUCCUCAUCUGCCUCUUGGACGUCAGGGCACAGGAGUAUGCAUGGCAGAGGAGGCCGGCUACUAGAGCAGGAUGAGGAAAAGAUUAGCAAUUAUGAAAUGGAGAUGAAACCUUUACAGCCCAGAGACUCCACUACCCACAGGCUGCACGGGCACGGGGAAGAGAGGCAUGGGCACAGUCAUUUUCAAGGUGAGGGGCGAGUGCACACUGUGCAACGACAGAGGCACAAGAACCGAGAUGGAAAGGAGAGGAGGGAAGGAAGAGAGGGACGAGAGGCAGGCAAAGAAUCAGUGCACAAGCUGGAUAGAACAGUGGAAAAGAUGGAGUCACGGCCUCUUCGACGGGACCUCACACUAUCCCCUCCUCUGAGGUCCUCCCCAAUCACACCAGAGCAGCAGGACCUCAGCCUACUGCAGAGAAAAAGCAACUCGGUAAGAAUCAUAAUGACAAUUUGACAAUUUCAAGUCUGUAAUACACUAACAUGAUAUCAUGAUGCGGAUGUUCUCCUCAAAGGGAUUUGUCAGUGAAUUUUAUUUGCUUUGUCUGGUCAGAAAAAAGGAAGUCAAAUGAACAACUUUAGUUAGAACUAGGAGUAUGACAACAAAACCUGCUCUUUAACAACAGCAGACAAGCAAGCCUCUCAGCACUGACCUGAUACAUCAAAGGUCUAAGUCUUCAUCGUUGUAUUACUAGGGUUAACUUUUGAAAGUUAAGAAGCCAUAUUUAUGAACUUUAAAACUCACAGUAGCAGGGAAGUGUACAUUUGUCUGAAUCGUGUCAUUGUGUCAACACUAAAAAUACACAUCAGGAGUGGUAAAAAAACAAAAAAAACAUUAAAAUUAUAAUGUUCCAUACAACAUUUUAAAAAGUUCAGCCCCUGCAGCAUGUUCAAGCUUCAGUUAUGAAAUUUGGUAGGUUUCAUGAGUUUACUCUUCCUGCUCAAAUCACUUAAUUUUUUUUUUACUGAAAUAGGCGUGACAGUUAAGAAAUAUUCAAAUUUGACGGAGCACGGCUAGGGUAGAUCAAAAUCACAUCUUGAGAAAGGAGAUUGGUGGUAAUCAACUUUGUGUACCUUGAUGGUUGGCACUUAAUGUCAUUGCCAUGAUGAUGGGUUUACUUGCCAUGAUUAGGAGCACAGAUUUUAGGGGGUUAAGAUCAUAGACUGUUUUUCUAUGGUCAAGAUACUUGUACUCAUCAAAUGUGGUAGAUUUUAAUUCAAAAAUUUGAUAUGAGUUUUAGAAGCUUUAAAUUGAAACUCAAAUUCACUAUGGAGGACAAAAAGAGACAGAGUGAAAUAUACAAUUACAUCUUUGAAUUCAUACUUAAAUAUGUCAUAAAUUAAUUAAAAAGAUAAUUAGAUAAAUAAAUGUUCAAAAAUGUGUCAUUAAUUAAUUAAAAUACCAGUUCAUUCAAUGUAAACCUAUAUAUAAUUAUUUCACUAUAAAAUCAAUUAUUUCGUGGAUUUUUGUUGCAGUGUGUCAUGAAUUUAUUUUAUCUGUCAAACUCACCCAUCAAAGUCAGUAGGCAGGACUAAUGCUGAGCUGGUGUGAUCCAUUACUUUGGUCUGAAGCCUGAAGUCUUACAAAACAUAACGUCUACAGAGGAUAUCCUCCAGUGUAUGUGGAAGCCUUCGUCCACCAGUUCUGAGUCUGCACCAAAGGUCGCAAAGGUAGAUGCUCGUGAGUGCCUGUGCACUGUACCCAUGUGGGCCUAUCUUUCUUCCUCUCUCAUUGCAGAGUGUGUGUGUGUGUGUGUGUGUGUGUGUGUGUGUGUGUGUGUGUGUGUGUGUGUCAGGCAGGCAGGCAGGCACAGAUGGAAACUAACACUUAGGAUGGAAAGAAACAUUCCUGCAUAUCUCUUGAGCAUUUUCAGUUCGUAUUAUGCUCUGUUCAUUGAUACUGUCCUGCCUAAACAAAAGGAUAACAGUUCUACUUUACACUGGGGUGGCAUGAGAUUUUAUGCACUAUUGAAAGGUGACUGAAAAAAAGAGAAAUGCUGACCUAGAACAUGUAAUGUGUAAAACAGCGGAGUUAAGUGAAAUUUUUGGAGUUAUUCCCGCACUCUCUGACCAAGAAAUUCACCGUAGAGUGGCUGCAUCAAUCCAGUAUCUGCAGUCGAUCUGUCUGGACUUGAUGUGCCAGGUAACCAGUCAGGUGUUAGGAUGCGCCAGCUGACUUUUAUGGGUGAGUUUGACAUUAAAAAAAAUCAUUAAGCACUGCAACACAGGUCCAUGAAAUAAUUAAUUCAAUCGUGAAAUCAUUAUAUAUAUUUUUAUAUGUUUUUUACAUUGACUGAAAUGGUAUUUUAAUAAAUUAAUGACACCUUUAAUGACACAUUUAUUUAUUUAAUUCCCAUUUUAAUUAAUUAAUGACAUUUAAUGACACAUUUAUCUGUUUGAUUCCCAUUUUGAUUAAUUAAUGACAUAUUUUAGUAUUUAUUUAAAGAUGUAUUUUUAUGUUUUAUUCUGUCUCUUUUUGUCCUCCAUAAUUCACCAGUUCCCAGUAGUCAUGGGUGGUUGGUCCUAAUAUCAAUGGGACAGCAGCUGUAUGGUGCUUUGUCAUAUCUUCUAUGUCAGAGCUACACAUUGAUUUGUCUAAAAGGAUUUGUUGCUCACUUUUAUGAGGAUAGUGACAUAACACAAUGUUAUUCCACAUAUUAAAGUAAUCCAGGGGAAAGGCACAAGGGUUAACCUGGUGAAAUAAAGAAAGAUAUUUUUGCAUUAUGAGCAAGCAGGGAGGAUUAUGCUGUUUUAAUAUCAUUUUUUGGCCACAUCUUGUCUCAGGCUGGUUGACUGCCCCAACCACGCUAAUCCUGGAUGAUAAUGUGGUCCCAGCCGUUGGAAAUGAAACCAUCAGGCUAGCACUGAGCACAUCAUGAUCAUACACGCGCACAGACACACACACACGCACACCCACACACACACACACACACACACACACACACACACACACACACACACACACACACACACACACACACACACACACACACACGGACAUACAUUUCUUCCUCUGUCUUUCUCAGUCUUAACUUGUGUGCAAACUGUUAAAUGCAAGGUCAAGUCCCAACAAUAAUUUAUCUCUAUCUGCAGCAUUGGGUAAUCAGUAAGUGAUUAUGGUUGUUAAGUUGUUUCCAAUCUGCUACUUGCUGUUAGUCACACCCCCCGCGUGCGCACACACACGCGCGCGUACACAAUGCCUGUCUCUCUCUGUAUCUUAACCUGUGUACAAACUGUUCAAUGUUGUGCCGAGCCCUACAGAGAAGUCUCACUGUUGUCUCCAGCAGUAGGUUGACUCUUGUGCAGUGAAUGAAUACAGUUGUUUAUUCGUUAAGAAUUCCCCCCCCCACACACACACACACACACACAACACACACAUGCACACACAAACGCACACAUUUAGAACCCCAGCAGUCCUAUCUGCACCUUAGUAACAGCAGACUUGCAAACUAGCUUCAACCUCACAGAAGGCCCCCUAUUGGUUAACCAGAGCUCUGUUGCUAGGGAACAGCUUAUGCCUUGCUUCAGUGGUAGCCAAUCAGUGGAUCAGUGGGAAAGUGUCAGUGACAUGGGGGUGGAGGGUGGUUGGAAGCAGGGUGUGUAUUCACAGCAUACACAGAUACUACCAACCCUCACACUCAGAUGGAUACACAAAGACAAUGCUGCUCUGAACACAUAGAUACAUUAAGCCAAACACACGGUCAUCUUUUUACCUACUACUUUUGCCUUUUUUAUAGUGAUUUUUUUACUGCAUUCUAUAUACACCUGUACCAAAAUAGACCUGAACCUAGGAAUUUCACCUUUUAUUUGAUCUAAUACCAUGUUGUUGUCAUUCCAGUUUUAGUUGAUGGGGGCUAUGAAGGCUCCUGCUGUCAGUCGAUUCCUGUUUAACAGGUGUUUUUACUGUAACCACAAGCUUUUGGGCGAAGAGAUUCAUUUUGUUCCAUGAUACUCGCUGGUUAAUGUCGUUGCCUGAACACCAAUAAAAAAAACUGAUAAAGCCUAAACUAUAAGUAAAAAAUAUAUGAGUCAUCUUUGCUCUCUCUGCGUAAGAGAUUAUUGAUUAAUAAAGGAUCUUUAUCAGAAAGACAUUUGACUACAACAAGGAAAAUAGGGAAAGUACAGUAUGUUGAAAUCAACAAAAAUUAGUAUAUCUAAGAGACUUUAGGCCAAUGUCAGUGCAAAGCAUUAUGUCCAUUAAGUCUUGUCACACAGAUGAAGGAGCUUUUGGCUGGUUUGCUUUCUGGGUAUUUUGCUGUCUGGGUAUUUUUGCCGUAUUUGAGAUGAUAAAAAAGGCAGUAGUGGUAAUAGUUUCAUGUCAGCAUUAAUCCUUAGAAGAUAAUCUAAAGACGAAGAUUUUUAACUCUGAGCCUGUGUUUUUUGUUCUUUUUUUUUUUUUUUUUUUUUUUUUGUCAAAAUUUCUGUCACAGUCUCAGUGGUUGCUUUUGUAAUCAGAAUUAUUACAAUUUACUUCUUAUGGAGUGACCAGGCGAUAAAUGUUUCAAUCAGGAGGAGGAAAAAAGGAUUUGUAUUAUAUCAGAGUAGAAAAUAUGACCUGAAAUUUUGGGUCAGAGUGAUCAAACAAUUUCUCUCAAUUUAAUUCAGGUAAUUUUAGGAAGAUCGGAUGUUGGAUUUUAGAAUAUAACCUAUUUGAAAUAUAUAAAGGACACUUUCCAUAAUGGGCUACUGUUUUGUGAGUUAAGAAAAAAUUUCCUGACUGGUAUUCACUCAGAUUGAUAGGACACCACCCCACAAUGUGAACCAGGCAGUAACAAUGAUAUCUGAAGUAUUAUUCUGUCUCCACAGACUAAUUUUGUCUAGGCCAAAAAAGGCCUCCUUUCCAUCAGUGUGAAUUUGUCAAACAUUGUUCAAUUCAGUUUUUGUCAAAGCUUUCAGAAAUUUAAAGUAAUAAAAUUAAAGUAAUAAAAUUCAUAAUUUUAUCUUUGUAUCUGAUGAGGAUUGAGUCAAGAAUCUGUCAGAGCAUCUAGGUUUUCAUUUUAGUCUAAUUUUCGUCAGACAAAACUUUCUCAGAUGAUCGUUUUUAAAGACAGCUAUUUCUCCUCGAUGUAAAAAUUCCAGUGUGAAGACAGAAUACCUGAAUAUAUUUGGUCACCUUGGCUGAAAAUGUGUUUCUAACUUAGACUUCCCACUAAAAAACUGAAUGCCUAAAAUUUGUUUUGAAGUUCCUCUUCACUACGUAGAUGAACAUAUAACUGAACCCCUUUGGUGUUAGCUGAAGGACUCAGGGUCUGAAUAUGAGUCUGGAGAACUCAUACAUCAGAUUUGAGGAGAAGGUGGUAGACAUGUACCAAAAUGCAGCUUUGCCUUGAGUGUUCCUCCUGUAGAUCUUGUUUUGUUUGUUCUGGCAUUCACAAAGUUUUAAUUGUCUGGUGAAAGUAAGUAAAGCUUUCACCAUUUUGUUGGAUGAAACUGCAAUUACAGACAUAAGUUGGUCUUCUUUGAGUCAUGGAAAAUUUGCAAGGUUGCUGCGAGUGGAUCUCAUGUAUUUACCUAUGUCAAAUUUGAGAAAUUCCCAGUAUUGACAAUAUUUAAUUUGGCUUGAGCGCUUCAUCCAGCAAGUUUUGAUUAAAUAGAGAUAUCUUUACCACAGUUUGAUGUAAAAGAUGACUACUAUCAAGUUGCCAACAUAGAACUCUAUAAGGAAUAUUUGACACAGGAUAGAGAGAUUUCACCAAAAAUUGUCUAAGAAAUGUAUUAUUGCAUCAUUUGCAUCAUCAACUUUAAGACUUGGUAAUUAAAGGAUUGGCCUAUUAUCAAUAUUAUUUUUAAUCAUUUGUAUGAAAGGCAUUGGAAUAUUCUGUGUGACUAAUAAUAUAUAAUUUACUUUCGAGAUCUUGAGGUUAUGUUUGGUAUUAAAACCGUCCAGUUGAAGCAUAUUUCAGUUUUCAUCCAAAAGAUGUAAAAUUCGGCAUAUUCUUCAUACUCCAUGAAUGAAGACUUACUCCCACUUAACAUUACCCUAGUAUUUCAGAUGGGUAAAUCUUGGGGACUAAAAUUAUAUUUAGUAAUCAGUGUGAAAGGACUUGAUGAAAGGCUGAGAGUUUCAUGUAGUGUUCACACCAAGCACCAAGAGUUAAAUCAUCAGGGGAUUACAUGUAAAGUUAACGUUAGACGCGCAUUCUACUUAGGUGGUGUGAGUUGCAUGAACUGAGCAGACAAUUCAUGCAAAUUAAGUGACUAAAUACACAACAUUAGCUGUUGAGCAAUCUUGACCUAGAGGGCAGUCAGAUGCUUGUUUUUUAACAGAGCAAUCUGAUUCUUCAAUCUUAACACUUCUUCAAAAAUAUUCUAUCGUUAUUAUCAUCAUUGUUAUUGUUAUGAUUUUAAUUUACAGCAUUUUCUUCACAGAGAAACACAAUCAGUAAAUAUUGCUGUAAAAUUCCAUGACAGCUAUUAUCAGACUCUUUUUUCCUUGUCUGCUUAUUUCUAAAUAACAGAAAUAUGAUUUUUUUAUUAUUCUUGUAUUGAGUUAUUAAAUGUUUCAUUGUUUUCCAAAGUAUUUUUCUAAUGUCAUUUCAGUAUUUUUCUUUUUUUUUUUUUUUAGAAAACUGUAAUAAUCUUUAGAUUUCUAAGGGCCAACACACUGGGGCACUAUUGUUAUACUAUGGAUUUUUUCUUAUUUCUUUUACGGACAAAUUUUAAUUCGCUACUAGUCCUACAGCUUGAAGAGUUGUAUGACGGGUUAUAUAUCAAAACGUGCGUUUUGAUUGGGAUCAGUAUGCUAUUACUUUUUCUAUUGUCUAGAAAAUAGUACCGAGAUGCUUUUGACUGGACAUCUAUGAAAGCAUAUGGCAACCCCUACAGAGCAAUUUGUACAAUGACUGAAAAUACUUUUGUCACCCCGUUGUUAAGUCCAAAACUUGACCUGAUGACCUGAGAACUCAUUAUGGCCCUCAUUUAUCAAGCUUGCAUACGGCAGAAAACUUGCGUACACCUUGCGUACGACAAUUUUGAGGUGAGGAUCGGCAUUUAUCAAUCUGCACGUGAGCGUACGCUACGACCAAAUCUCACGACAGGUCUGACAUUGUGUAUGCAAGUUUGAGUCAGUGUUGAUCUGUGGUGCAACAAAUAUCUGUCUCAAAAUCAUUGAUAAAAACACCUCAAACCUGUCAUUAAGCACAAUCAGCCAGAUUUCAUUAAAGGUUAAGACGUAAAUAAGAUAAAAUGAAGUUGUUAUGUCCUUAGUGAACAGGCCUAUUUGAUAACUGCCCAGAAACACUGCCACAGAGCAGGAGCGCCGUUUUAACAUUACGCACACCCGCACACGCGCCACUGUGGAGCGCUGCGUUUGACUCCUAAAAGGCAGGUGUCUCUGUCUUGGCCCAGCAGCGGGGACCUUGAUGUACGCUCCUGAAAGGGUGUGGGACAUCAUUUGGGCCAGUACAGUUUUGCACAAUGUUGUACUGGCAAAUGGAGUGCCGUUGGCUGUGCCGGUCCAACGUGAGGACGUGAUGCCCGGAGAACAAUAACGAGGAGAGACUCCACAAAGGUGCUGUACAGAGGAGACAGGACCUUAUCAAUAGAUUCUGACCAUAGACUGUAUAAAGAAUGGACAGAGUCUGCCUCCUCGCUGGGUGAAGCCACUCCGAGAACAGCACCCUCUGUUGAUGGGCUGCAGUAUAGGUCAUAAAUCCCGCCUCCGCCAGCAAAGCUUAUGGGGCUGUGGACAAACUUUAGAAAUUUAUUACAAAGAACAUACAUUUUUCUCCCCCCUGCUUGUGAUGUUGACAUGUAGUUACUGUCAGACUGGUUUGUGCUCAAGUCUUCUUCUUUUCUGUGAAGCUCCGUUUUUAAAAGUUAUUAGCGGGUUCAUGUUUUCGAUGAUUGACACCUGGUACAGCCUAUGGGCACUCAGGGAUUGCGUAGCUCAUCUAGGGAUACGCUGUUUGAGCCGAGCGUCAUCACAGCGACUCUCUGCAACUGCGCGGCCGAAUGCGUGCAUUGCUACUGCACAGCGCUGGUUUCAGGAAAUGAAGAAAAAUCCUGGAAAUACCGAGAGCUUUUUGGCUUCAAAUCCGUAUACAGGCGCUGUUUCUACGAUCUCUGUUGAAAAAGGGAAUGCAUAUUAAUUCAUUAACACAUAUACAGUAUCAAUAGGUUCAGAACAGAGACAGAGAGGAGUGUUCGCAGAUAAAUGAGGUAAAUGAAGUGUAAAUGAAGAGUUUUUAGCUGUUACUAAACAUUUUAAGUUGGAAGCAGUUCCACUGUGCUGUAAAAAAUGAAUGGGUGACAUCGCCAAUGCUACAUCCAGUAGCAAUCUGUUCAAUCCAUUCAAAUAACAGCUCAGAUUAGUGGCAACAAGUUUUAUACUCAGUGGCCCUCAUUUAUCAAGCUUGCGCAGAUCUGAGCGCAGGAUUCAUCGUACGAUAGGACACACGUGAGAUUUAUGAAAGGGUUUGUAUCUGACCAAUCCCAGCGUACGUAUGAUCAGGUCUUGAUAAAUGCGGCAACUGAAAUUGAUCGUCAUUAACAUGUUUACGCCCUUAAAUAUUCGUGGUUCAGAAGCCUCGCCCACUGAGGUUAAACAUGAAAGAGGAAAAAUAUUAGAAAGAUUAGAAACUUUCUCGAGCUGAAAGUGGAUAUCCUCACAUCUGUGGUGGAAACUAACAAGGAUUUUCUCUUUGGAAACAUCAAAAGUGGUAUAAAAGCAGUUCAGAAAACUCCCGUCUGGAGCAGGAUUAUGGAGGUGCUGAACAGCGCUGCUGCGGAAUAGUGAACAGUGGCUGAAGUUUGAAUAAAUCAUUAGUCAAUAAGUUGCUCAUGAUGAUGAAUUAAUAUCUCAUACAUGCCACAUAUUUGUUUAUUGCCAUGACAUAGGGUAGAUUGCUCCAACGGCACUCCUUUCGCCAGUGCAACAUUGUGCAAAACUGAACUGGCUAAAAUGAUGUCCCACACUCUUUCAGGAGUGUACAACAACGUCCCCGCUGCUGGGCCAAGACAGAGACACCUGCCUUUUAGGAGUCAAAUGCAGCGCUCCACAGUGGUGCGUGUGUGCGUAAUGUUGAAACAGCGCUCCUGCUCUGUAGCAGUGUUUCUGAGCAGUUAUCAAAUAGGCCUGUUCACUAAGGACAUAACAACUUCAUUUUAUUUUGUUUAAUCUUAUUUACGUCAUAAUCUUUAAUGAAAUCUGUCUGAUUGUGCUAAAUGACAGGUUUAAGGUUUGUGUAUCAGUUAUUUUGAGACAGACAUUUGCUGCACCGCAAAUCCACACUGACUCAAACUUGCGUACACGAUGUCAGACCUGUCGUGAGAUUUGGUCGUAGCGUACGCUCACGUGCAGAUUGAUAAAUGCCGAUCCUCACGUCAAAAUUGUCAUACGCAAGGUGUACGCAAGUUUUCUGCCGUACGCAAACUUGAUAAAUGAGGGCCAGUGUGUUUUGACAAAUACAGAUACUUAAUAAUAAUGUCUUUAAUACAAUAAUGAAAUCCUUAUGAAACACAAUGAAUUGAUUUGUGUUCCACUAACAGACCCAAUGUCAGCUGUCAUCACAGGAGAUCAUGGAAAGCCCUUGGGUUUUUCAAAUAGCUUCAAUUAUGUAAAAAUACCACCAUAGUAGUUUUUUCUUCUUGUUUUACACUGAUUGUUGUUUUAUUGUGAGGAGGAAUUGUUAUCAAAAUUGAGAGAGGGCAUAUUUAUUGACUUUUCCCAAUGUGAUGGGGACAACUGAUCAAGCAUAGAAUUCUCAUGAUGAUAUUUUUUUAUGUGCUGAACACAUAUUAAACGUAUCAGAGUUCCUCUGGGAUCAAUUUGACCUCAAGCUGUUUCAGCUGUGUAAAACUUGUUUGUCUGUGCGUUUGACCUAACAUCCCCACACCUGCGGGUGCAGAGUUGAUACUUUUGAGUUGUUACAUAACAGGGAGAUGGUGAAAACUACUAUUCUCUUAAGAACUUUGCUUUUCCUUGUGGUGUGGGCAUGUGGGAAACAACUUGACUUGUGAACUCCUGCCAAAAUAAGAAAGCCAGUGUAGGCUUGUGAGUUGAUGACAUCCAAGUCUUUCCAACUACACAUGCCUCUAAAAUGGUCAUCUCAAGUAAAAUAUCUUUAAUUGAUGGGGAUACAAAGAGCUCAGAUAGUGAACAUGCUGCUAUGAGUGUGUCUGGUGGGACACACUCAUAGCAGCAUGUCUACCUUGUCGUUGAAGUGAGUAAAGGGACCAUAAUUUUUGGUAGAGGAAGAAACAAUAUUCUCAUAAGAACUCUCCUGUACCAUGGGCACAUGAAGCUGUGCGCGCGCGCGCGCGCGUGUGUGUGUGUGUGUGUGUGUGUGUGUGUGUGUGUGUGUCUGUGUGUGUUUGUGUAUGAGUGACCUAAUGUACUGUACUCACAAAUACUGAAGUAGGACUGUAGAGGGUGUUGUAUUCCCUCAAGAACAUGGGUAGUUCAUGCAAAAUAAUCAAUAUAGUUCAUUCUGUGAGAGUCAUGUUUGUGCACCCCAGAUUAGGAAAGAUUUCGAUGAAAUAUUUUCAAGAUAAACAAACUCUAAAACUGAAAGUUUGACCUGAUGGUGGCGCUACAAGAAAGGUCAUAUCACCAAAACCAGUGGGGCAUAUCCUCUUGUGGUCAUUCAGGUUGUCAGUAAAUUUGAAAAGAUUUGUGUGUAAACUUUUCAAGAUACAUUAAUUCUACUUUAUAAGUUUGGCCUAUUGGUGGUGAUAGAGAACAGGUCAACUCACUGAUAGGUUUUCUUUAAUAAUGUUUAUAGUUUGUUUAUGUAUGUAUGCAACAAAUAAACAGAGGGCCUUACACAAAAUCUUCGUCAACACUUGCAUAAUUUCUGGAGGCAAAUAUACCUGUGGUCAGAUUGACUUCAGGGGUAAAAUAUGCAAGUAAUAUAUGAGGAUAAAAGGAGGGUUAAAAAAAAUUGGUGGCUUUCUGUAAUGGUUCAACAACAACAGAUUCUUACCAGCCUCCUUGUGGGACAAAUAAUCAUUAAUCUAAAAAUUUAUUGUCAUAGUUAUCUGAAGACCUUAGUCUGCAUUUUGUAGAAAAAAAAUCCCAUUAACCUUAAUAUGCAUAUCAUUUUAGUAUGGGGGAACUUAUAUUGAUAUUUGUGUCCUCAUUCGACCCUCCUCCUUUUUGAGGCUUUUUAGAUGAUACACAUUUAAACACACAUCACAACUUUUCACAUUGUUACUACUAUCACAACUGCAAAUGAUUUAAAAAACUGUGUAUUGGUUGGCAUUUUUUUGGAAGCAGUCACCAGCUCUGCUGCAACCACCUAGAUUUCAUGAUAGGAUUUUGUUCCACUUUUACCUAUCAGGGAGGGUCUGGGCCCACAAGCUCUUCAGGCCUCUCUCAAAUCUGUGCCUGCGAACAAUCAGAAUUGCCCACAGCCCAAAAACAACCCAGGACAGAAACUAGUCUUGCCUCUCCCUCUCAAGAACAAUAAAGAUCUAUUGUCAUCUUAAUGAUAACCCACUGAUUUGUUAAAUGCUUGGAUGAAAAUGUCCCUGGUUUGUCUUCAGCUGGGUCUGAUUGCCAAAUCCCUGAGGACAUAGAGAUUUUGCAAUCAGACUCAAGUUUUAAACACAGCUGGAUUAUAAACAGGGAAAGAAGAGGCCUAUUUAUGGAGGAUUGUUGGGCAGAAACAUUCCUAGCAGCUUUUACAUCCUGUAUCAAUGUAUAGUCUUUUCUUGUGAUGCUUUUAUCAGUGUCUCUAAAUCAAAACAGUGAUUUGUAGAAUUUUUUAAGGAGUUAUUUUUCUUCAAACAAAAUGUCCUUUACACUUUUCUUAGAUAGGCCACAAAUAUCACAUUGCUGAAAAGAUUGAUUGCUGAAGGUCUCAGGGUGGAGUAAAAAACACGGGCUCUCUUCUUUCCUAACUUUGUCAGUUGGCUUCCCUGUGCAAUCAACACUGGUCUGUAUUAUUUGGGCCCAAGCACCAAAAGGGAUGCAAUAGCCUUAUUGUAUCCCAAAACUUUAUCAUUGUUAAUGUUUGCCUUCUAUCCAACAAAAUGCUUAUUUCAGUAUGGAGCUAAACAAUUUGCUAACUCAUGAAUACACCACAAACAUGUAGAUCCCCAAAUGCAUAAAUAAACCUACAGGUACAUGUGCAGAUCCAGAUACAGGUCCAUAAACCUGUAUGCAGGUUCAUAUGUAAAUGUACACACAGCUAUUUGUGUCUGACAACUCAUCAGGAAUAGCUGAGGUGAGCUUUUCAACUGGCAGUCAGUUUACGUGGCUUCCACUAUACUAUUACAUACAACAUCUACAGUUUCUUAGAUUUUUUUUUUCAGUUUAAUAUGUUGUCUUUGUCCUUAAACAAUCAAUGGUUGAAAUGAUUUUCCAGUGUAUUUAAUCCACCUUUCCAUCUAUGUGUUUAAUUGGUUAUUUUUUCAUUUUUUUGUCGGCUUUUAAUGAUUUGGCUAUGCCAUUCGUUUAACUUUACAUCUAUGUUUAAUAGGUUAUAUUGUCACAGAGUCUUUAUAAACUUUUAGACUGUGAGAUUUCUUUAAGGAGCCAAAGAACUGGACUCCGUAAAAGUAUGACUUACCUCAAAAAUGAGCGCAUCAAGAUGACUAAUAGCCGAAAUGACAGUUUAUUGUUUAAAGUGUAAAAUCCUUGUAGCUACAAAAUAAUAAAUAAAUCAAUAAAUGAAAAUAUUAAAAUUGCUUACUACAGUUUUUCUGAGCACUACCACCAAUAAAAGUGAAUUUUGUUUUUCCAACUUUCAUGUUGGAAAAAGCAGUAAAAUCUGUGUGAAACAAACCACUUUUGAUCUGUCGUUAUAACUUCAGGUGGAUGUUAAGUAUUGUACUACAUUUACCUGAUUUUAAAUCACUUUAACUGCGUGUUAUGACUUAAAAUAUCAACAAAAUUGUGUCUCUAAGAAUACAUGUUUGCAAUUUUACAUCACGUUAAUAGUAAAGGGGUGAAUGUAAAUUACUAAGUACUGGCAGUAUGGUAGUUUCAACCAUGUUUAGUUUCAAUUGUACAAAAAGCUCCUUGUUUGUGGGCUUUAUGUGACUGCAUUUUUUUUUUUAUUAACACUGCCCCUUCUCUCCUCUUCCUCUCUUCUUCUCUCUCUCUCCUACGCAGGCCUACAGCUCAAUCCUGGUUGUCAUGGUGAUUCUGCUCAACAUUGGAGUGGCUAUUUUAUUUAUUCACUUUUUUAUUUAAAGACAGCACCCUUUUCAGAGUCAGCCUAUCCACACUACAACAAGAAGAAUAAGUCUGAGUUACACCAAUAUGCUGCCUCUCUGUGUUUUGGGCCGAUUGAAAAAUAGAGCCAUUGGGGCUCUGCCAUCAUGUGGGCUAAAGGUAACUAAGCCAGGCUAACAUCUGCUAAACUUCAUUCUCUUUGUUGAAGAAUUGAGUACAGAGUCCAAAGAAAUUAAUAUGAAAGGUUAAAGCAGUCCAGUUUAACAGGACUACGAGGGAGAUAAGAUGGUCUGAGCUUGGACUUGAUAUCAGUUUCUAUUUUUCACAUACUGUAAACUCUUAUGGGCUGAGGUAGUUUGACGACCAGGCCACAAGAGCAGAGCUGGCACCACGACAAAAAAAUCUGCUUCCUUUCUUUGCAGACAAAACUGAAAAGACAGACUUUUUCAUGUUCCAUCAGGUUUUGUCAGAUUUGUAACUUAUAAUUUACUGAUUUAUUGCCAUUUUCUGUCAUGUACAAUAUGUUGAUGGAUAUGUUUUUUUAAUUUAAUUUUGUACCCCUCCUAUUCUAAUUCCUGCCUUUUGGUUCCUGCCCCGGGAAUGUUACUGAUACCUCAAGGUGUACAUUUGAGUGUCUGCGUGUCCUUAAAAGAAUUGGGGGCUUUCUCUCUCUCUCUCUCUCCCUCUCUCUCUCUCUCUUUCUCUCUCAGUCUCUCUCUUUCUUUCCCUCUCUCUUUCACACACACAAACACACACUGGCCCCACUAAUGUUUGUCUCAUCCCACUUUUCAUCUUGAAUUGAGAACCAGAAUGUGUGUGUGUGAAGAAAUGACAGUACAUACUGUACGCAUGUACCUUUGCAUACAUAUUACUAAAGCGUGUAAAUGGUCUUUUGCUACUUGAUCCAGCUGCAAUGUCAGUGUGUGUAUGUAUGUGCAUUUCUGUUUGUUUUUCAGGUAGCCCAGUGGCUUUUCCCACUGUUCAUGAACUAUAGAUCUCAUAGAUCUCAUUAGGAUACAACCACUGCUUGUCCACUUCAAGACACUAGUCUUUGUCGUCCACUCUUUAAUGUUCCACCCUCCCACAUGCCCGUCAGAGGAAGGAUCUUCCUUCUUGGUGGAGUAAAAAGACAGACUGUCUUUGGUCUGUGCUUGCCCUUUUACCAACAGAGGUAUUUAAAGACCAUACUACAUUUACUAAAGCAAAACCUGCAUAUGAAUAUUCGGCUUCACAAACAUCAUGAUAAUGAUAAAUCAGUGUCUAUUACACCAUCCUUCAAAACUUAACCUGAGGACACUGUUUUUUAUAUCCUAUAAAAAGAUUUUUGAAAAGUUAAAGUUUUUUUUUUUUUUUAUAAAAUUGAUAGAAAUACAAAAGGCCAAGGUUAUGUGCAUUAGCCCUGUGAUCAUUUGUUGAACCUGAAAGUAAAAAACAUAAGAGACACGUGUGCAUUUUAAGUUUUGAUGGGGGAAGUGUUUGGACGGACUUGUAUUUGAUGUAUUAAAGUUGACAUAAAACAGCUAAGUCAGAAAUGCUUAAAUGGACUGAUUUUUAUUGAUCUUUCCUGAGUUAAACUAAAGCAAUUGGACCCCUGUGUUUGUAUGAAUGUGAUACUCCAGCAGUUUAAUAGAAAGAAUUAGUUGAAGUGAUUUUGUGAAAAAGUGCAAGUGUGUUUCUUGAGUACAGUAAAGAAGCACAAGGAUUGUUCCCUAUCCUUGGUAUCGAUUACCAAUCCUUGGCCUCCACUCCACCAUUCAAAGAUCCUAAUAUACAGACAGACAAAAGUACAGCCAGAAGUACCAAUCAAUUUUUCUUUUUUUUAUAGAUGUGUGAAGCAGAUGUGUGUACGUGUGUGUGUGUGUGCGUGUGUAUGUGUGCUCAUAAACACUUAUAAGAGUGGGUGAGAGUGUGUGCAUUCCUUAUUUCCACAGGACUAAGAGGGAUGGUUUUGCUUGUUUUCAUCAGUAACAACUUCCGGGGGACAGUGAGGCUAGCUGUCAUUUUUUUUCUUUUUCUGUCAGAUAGGGUUUCUUAAAAUGUUGUUUGGAACUCAAACUCUGUAUUAUGUUUAUUGCUGGUGUUUACCACCAUUAUGACAAGAGAACUGUUUAAUGUGCCUGCAUCCCAGGAGGCCGAACAAGAUACUUUCAUUCAUUUAUUUUGGUCCCAGACUGAAGCCCUAUUUUAUGUCAUCAGCCUGGUGAUGAUGCCCUGCACCAUCCUGUUAGUCUGCAGCAUGCUACAGUAUGCCAAGCUCCUUUUGUGGUCUUUCUUUCUUUCUUUCUUUCUUUCUUUCUUUCUUUCUUUCUUUCUUUCUUUCUAGGAAUUACUCUGUUUUUUGGCUUUUAAGUAAUGUGGAGAAAAAUGAAAGUGUUUGAAAGAAAA